GGCAACCGAAGCAACACAUGGCAACGACCCGUUCAACCUGAAUUCCCUGUUUAAAUGGAGAUAACUGGAUAAUAAUAUUUAAAAGCCAUUUUAAAUAGUUAAAAUUAGAGGUAUAUAGUUUUUAAUUUUAUAAAUCAUAGUUAUGUAUUUUUAUGAAAAAUUAAAUCUCUACCUAAGUCAUAAAUUUAAAUUACUUGCCUGUCUUUUUUUUUUGUUUAAGUUUAAGUUUAAAAUUAAAAUAGUAUAAAAAAUGUAUAGUAUUAGUAUUAGUAUACUAUACUAUACUAUAGUGAAUAGUCAAGUAAUAGCCUAAAUUAAAAUUGAGACACACUAGUGACUAGUCAAUAGUUUUUAGUCUUGUGGUCACUUGUGGUGUUUCGCCUCUUUAAAUACAUUAACUUUAAUUAUCUCAAUCAAUAACUCCUUGUUGUCUCUCAAUCAUCAAGGUAGAUGAUUUAAUAAUGAUUUUAUUUUCAAUGAAUCUUAUAGUAAGUUGAGUUGAGUGUACAGACGGUGGAUAUUGCCAUAAAUGCCACUAUAGCAUCACUAGCAAGUGUGGUGCAACGAAAAUGCCUCAGUAGAGUCAGUAUUUUAUAUAUUUUAAAAAUACCCCAUACCUCAGUCCCAGUAUUGAGUAUAUAAAUUAUACUACUAAUAAUAAUAAUACUAUUCCCUACUAUUACUAUUGCUGAGGCUUAGAGUAGUUGCAGUUAGGAGUAGUCAAAGGGCCCAGGGCUCAAACGCAACUGCUCAUUAAUUUUUUUGUAUAAAUUUCUCAACAAUUCUAGCGAAACUCACUCAUAAUGAUAAUUUAUAAUCAGUUUAGUGAUCAUACUAUUCAUAUUGAGUUUGAAGAAGAAGUAUCAAUUAAUUCGGCCUAAGUAAUUAUAACCAUUUGUCACAUGCAACUAACCGGACCUUAUAUAGGAAUAGGAGUGGAAGAAGUCACUAGCAAGCAAGUACGUAGUAUGAGAUGAUUUAUUGCAUCAUGCCUUGCAUUGUGCUAGUAACCUAUGUCAUUGGAAGAAACUCAGUUACGCUUAGAAAUCAUCCACAACCUAAAAGCAUUUGCCACCCCCAGCAAGUGCAGAUCCUCAGAAAGGGAUUGUGACACGGGUUAGCCAAACCCAAAAGGGAGCUGACUUCCUGUUUGACAAUGAGGAAAGGUUGCAUGAUUGGCACCUGGAAUGUUAGAAUGUUGUGGGAGGAGGGGAAAAAAGAGGAAGACCAAGAGACACUUAGACUUAGAAGAGGGGAUUAGAGGUAGAGAAGUAGAGAAUGAAGAAAAGUUGGGCUGAACUAGCAAAGAUAGCCCAGGACUAUGACAGAUGGAAAAGUAUUGUUGAUGGUCUAUGUUCCAUUUGGCUGAACUAACAAAGAUAGCCCAGGACAAGGACAGGUGGAAAAGUAUUGUGAUUGCCUGUGCUCCAUGGGGAGUAAGAAAGGCUGAGAAGAAGACUUAUAUCAUGUAAUGUUCAUAUUUUUUUAUUUUUUCCUUUAGCAUGAAUUAGAGUACUAAAUAUGAUACAUUUUGAAGAAAGUAUAAACUCUAGAACUAGGCCUAAGACAAAGUGCUUUAAUGCUGAUUUAAUUAUAGCCACAGGCAAAGCCUAGUGAUGAGUAGUGAUUGGUUACUAUCUUUAGGCAAUAGCAAAGUCAAAUCUGUAAAUUAAAGAAUACUUUUGAAGAACUGUAACUAAUUUAUUAGGCCUACAGACUACAGAAAAUGUCUUGUUUUUUUUUGCCUAAUAAAACACAUAAAGAUUAUAACUAGGCCUACCAGCUAUAGCCCAUGCAACAGUGGCGGCCGCAAUGCUUGAACUUCCCAUCUACUUAAUUUAAAUAGACAAAACAUAGAAUUAAGUAACGCACUUGACAAGAUUCCCAAUUAAUUAGUGCUACCCCACUUCCUGAGUACACCACUGCCCCUGAUCUAUAAUAAUAUUCUAUUGUCCUACCCUGUUUGUUUUACAAUGCAGAUAAAUUACACCAACAGCAAUAGCCUGCAAACAAUGGCAGCCACAAUGCAUAAACUUCCUAUCUACUAAAGUUACUUUACAAAAUAUGCAUUCAAAUAACGCACUUUAUAACAAUCCCAAUAAGUGCGCCCCCCCCCCCUCCCCCGUUGAAAACAGCACAUUCUUUUUUCAUUUCCCUAUGCCCCGGAGUUAUAUUAAUAUUCUAAUGUCCCACCACCUUUCAUAUCACUUAUUUAUAAAACUAAUAAACCCAUAUUUAAAUUGAGGCAAUUUUUUUUCCAUAAAACAAGAAAAUACUACUUGCCAACCUCACAUGCUGUAUUUUUAAGAACCUCUUUUAGCGCAGUUAUUGGGAAUUUUAUUUAGUGAAAUCAGCUCCAUCUGGUCAGUAGCGACAGUUAUGUACUCGGGUAUUUUGAUAUUACAUUCAAAAAAAAAUAAAUGGUUCAUCUCACCUCUGCUUACUACUUCUGUUUACUACUUCUUUCCAGCUAGUCUUAGUUUGAUUUUAAAUGCAAAAAUCUUACUUAGGGCUGCUAAGGCCUAGGGAAAAUAGAAUUUUCAGUUUAAUUUUUGUUUAGUCCUUCAGAAACAGACUUUGCCAUGGCCCAUGAUAUGUAAUGAAAACAAACUUAAUAACCUACAACUACAAUAAAUGAGUGAGAGACCUAUCAUAAGGCCCCUAUCACACAUUUAAUGCAGAACUUUUUUUAGCAGACAUAUUUGACUUAAAGAUAAUUUUGAGAUAUUUUACAUGUUUAAUCUUCUUUGAUAAAUCUAAAACAUAAAAUAUUUACCAGUAUAGCCUUAGCCUCAGUCUUCUUCUUGUCAUUUACUUAAAAAUAAUUCUCAGCUGUUUCAAUUUAUUUAUUUUGAAACAGAAAUGGCAAAUGUCAAGAGUUUAUUACCAGAGAGCCAUGGUGUUCAAUUCACUUCUCGUCCUGCACUUAGAACUAGAGAAAGUCUUGGACCUUGUACACUGAGUCAUACUAGUUAUACAUCGUCAGCUCAAAAUUUGGGUAUGUGUUUUAUAAUAACAAUUAAUAUACUUGUUUUUGGCUUUGUUUCAACUUUUUUAGUAUGGAACUAUGAAGCAUCUCACAUUAUAUUAUUUGAAAUGAGAUGCUCGGAGGCUGAAUGGUUAAAACUGCAUCAAUCCCAGGCCAGGCUUGUUACAGUAGUUCAAUCCCCAGCCUAUACAACAACAAAAAACAGCAUCAGCACACUGGGGAGAUGGGACUGGUUAACCUUGGAUGGUAACUAAUCUAAGAGAAGGCAAAAUCUUAAAUUAAACCCAGAGCUGGAGUCCCGCAGGCACUAAGACACUGAAACAAUGAAAAUUCUGACAAAUCUUGCAACCGGGGCCGGACUUAGGCCACUGCAACCUAUGCGGCCGCAGUGGGCCCGCACUUUUUUUUCUAAUACAAAAUCUUAAUUUUCACUUAUUAUCCUUAUCCCUACCCAGACUGGACCCCGCGCAAUCCGUUUUGCAUAGGGCCCCUCAAUUGUUAGGGCCGGCCGGCCCUGCUUGCAACUCAGAACGCAUAAGAGCACAGUGAAACACGAGAAACACUUCUGAUCAUCCACUGCAUCCUGGUCUACCUUCCAUUCAUCUUGACUAAGUCCUGCCAUUGGAAGAAAUAGACAAUGAUGAGAGAGAGAGGCUGACAGAUUGAGCAACUCUCCCUCACUUAAUCCAAAAUACAGCUCCAAGUCCAGGCUACUACUCAAGAUGAAGCCUUGGUCAUCUUCGCAUGCCAAGGACAAACUAUAUACCUAGCUGAAAUAUAGUCAUUGUUAAAAACUGUAUUCCAUUUUUUUUUUAAAUGCCUAACAGUUCUACAGGGUAAUAAGGGGAGAGACUGCAAUCAGGUUAGUACAAUAUAAAAUGAGUAAAACAGAGUAAAGUUAAACUUGAAUAAAUGAACGCAACAAAACAAUGAACGUGUCGGCAGAAAGCCUUUGUCAGCGAACAAAGCAACAGAAAAAACGGUUUAAAAUUAAAUAUAAGAAUAAGAAAUUGCACUUAGCUGGGAAGUAGUAUACGUGGGCGGCAAAAGAAAUGUGGCAAAAGGUAAGUGAUUGAGAGGUUAAAUAAGGAAGAACGAAAGAAAGGAGGAGAAAAAAAUUCACUGUGAUAGGUCAGAACGUGAAGGGGCAGAGCUAGGGUCAAGCUGUGAACAGAGACAUAACAUUAAUCCCAUGUGGCGUCAAAGUGCGUAAGUCAGGAUAAGCCUGUGUUCCAAAUUGACCUGGCUGGGGGUGUUCGUGCUAGCCACAAUCGCACUUAUAGAAAAGUCCGCCUUGCCCUGGUGGUCACUACUAUUGAAGUGUUAGGAUACGGGACACUGCUUAUCUUGUGUAAUGUUGCAGAGGUGUUCGGUACACCUGUCAGAGUGUCGGUGUCCAGUCUCCCCUAUGUACGUCAUCUGACAGCGGGUGCAGACAAUGGCGUAGACAACGUUGCGGGUUGUACAGAGGAAACCGUCGCAUAUCUGAAAACUGCCCUUAGGGAAGCGUAUGUGUUGAGUCUGGACAACAAAAGGGCAAGUGUUGCAAUGGCUGCUUCCACAUGGCUUGGUCCCAAAGUGGGAGGGGGGAGCGUUGAUACGACUGCGCACAAGAAGGUCUCUCAGAUUUUUAUCGCGUCUGAAAACAAUGAGAGGUGGGGAAGAGAAAAUUUAGCGUGUGUCGUUUCUGCGAGUAGUAUAGAUCGAUGUUUAAGGAAAACUCGUUUAGCAAUCAGAUUGUGAGGGUGAUAAGUUAUAAUGAGUUUUGUCUUGUCAACAUUGUCGCUCAGACGUGGCCUGAAGGCAUCAGCACGGGUAAUAUUCUUAACUCUCAGACCUCCAUUUAUUCAGGUUUAACUCUACUCUGUUUUACUCAUUUUAUAUAACAGUUCUACAGCUAUUUCUUUCAUAUUUAUAUCAUUGUUCUUUUUUUUUUUAUUCUUAGCUAUUCCUUCCAUUUUACAACUUAAGUAAGUGUUUAUCUAUAUUACCUGUUUACCUACUUUGCUUUUAAGCUUCCUUUACUUGAAUGGUUGUCAUGUUCUUACAGGUCUAAUACAUAGAGAGGGCUGUGAAUCCAUUCCCUUUCCACAUGUAGGCCUAAAAAGGUCAAGCAUUGAAAUUGAAGCUGCUUUGAGAGAAAAAGUUUAUAAAAAACUUGAUCAACUUCAAAAGGUAUUCUAAAAUUAAGCUAUGGAAUUAAAAUGUAAUUUAUUCCAUUUCACGUUCCUUACUGACAAUAAAUGUCACGAUUAGCAGUGGAAAAUUAUAUUUAUGUGAGUAUAACAUAUAAUCUAUAAACUAGCUAAAUACCCUUGCUUUGCAACUGUGUGCAUGAUAUUUUAAAAAAUAUGAUUAAGCUAUAUGAAAAGUUUAAUUAUUUUAAAAUAUCACAGCUUUUGUUUGUGAAAAUCUAAAGUGCAGCAAUUGAGUAAAUGAGAUGGGUUGAAUAAGUUUUAAAAAAUAUUGUUCUGUAAUAGAUUUUGAUAGUAAUGCAUGAGCUGUGGUGUAGCUAGGGUUGUUGCUGUCUGUGGGGUGGGGGGGGGGGAUUCUUUUUGCUCUCUUCAAUAAAAAAAACUCUGAAGGUUGCAGAAAAUGCUGCUCCUAAAUAUAAAGAAAAAAGUGCCACCCGAAACGGUGGGGGGGGGGGGGGGGGGGGGGGGGGAUUCUUUUUGCUCUCUUCAAUAAAAAAAACUCUGAAGGUUGCAGAAAAUGCUGCUCCUAAAUAUAAAGAAAAAAGUGCCACCCGAAACGGAGGUCCCACUCCUUACUCCCCUUGCAGCGUUACUGGCCAUGAGUUAUAGGGGAAACUAUGGCCAAAACCCUUAGUGCCCACCAACAACCCUGUCGAUACCUUUAAUGAUACUUAAUCAGGCAACUGACUUGCAUAGUCAUCUGUUAGAUAUUUUUAUCAUUUUAAUAGCGAGAGGACUUUUAAUCCAUGCAUCCUUUAUGAUUCUAAUCUAAAAUAUCAUAGUGUUUAUUAUGUAACUUUUUAAACUAUAUUUAUGAGGAAUUAUUUCAGAAUUUUAAUUUUUUUAAAGUAAAACUUAGUUGGGCCUAGUUAUAUUGACAAAGUUUGAGAGUGUUUAGGCCUAUAUUGACAAAGUUUGAGAGUGCAGUAUUUAUAUUGACAAAGUUUGAGAGUAUUUAUAUUGACAAAGUUUGAGAGAAGUUACAUUGACAAAGUUUGAGAGUAGUUACAUUGACAAGAUUUGAGAGUAGUUACAUUGACAAGGUUUGAGAGUAGUUAUAUUGAAAAAGUGUUAUAUUGACAAAGUUUGAGAGUAUUGAUAUUGACAAAGUUUGAGAUUAGUUUUAUGGACAAAUUUUGAGAGUAGUUGUAUUGACAAAGUUUGAGAGUAGUUGUAUUGACAAAGUUUGAGAGUAGUUGUAUUGACAAAGUUUGAGAGUAGUUUUAUGGACAAAUUUUGAGAGUAGUUGUAUUGACAAAGUUUGAGAGUAGUUUUAUGGACAAAUUUUGAGAGUAGUUGUAUUGAUAAAUUUUGAGAGUAGUUGUAUUGACAAAGUUUGAGAGUAGUUGUAUUGACAAAGUUUGAGAGUAGUUUUUUGACAAGGUUUAUAGUAGUUAUAUUGACAAAUUUUGAGAGUAUUUAUAUUGACAAAGUUUGAGAGUAGUUAUAUUGACAAAGUUUAAGCUAAAGUGGAUAAACUAAAUUUUUUCCAAAGAACCUAAUCCUUUUAUGACAGGCACUUCUCCAAAAAACUCAACUAUUGCGCUUUUACAGUAAAUCUCAAACUUCUAUCUCAUGUAGACAUCUGAAGCCUUCUGUACCUCACAAGCAGAGCCAUACAUACCAUACUUAUUCUUUUUUUUCUGUGUACAACUCUGAAAUUUCUUUAUUUCAAUAUCUGAAUUAAACGAAUAACGUAUUGUAGAGAACCUUGGUUCGUCUCUGUUCUGCCGUCAUCUCUAUUUCGUUGUGUGGAUGAUAACAUUUGUUUACUGUCACUUGUCAUUCAACAUAUUGUAGAGAACCUUGGUUCAUCUCUGUUCUACUGUCGUCUCUAUUUCGUUUUGUGGAUGAUAACUUGGUUCAUCUCUGUUCUACUGACGUCUCUAUUCCGUUGUGUGGAUGAUAACACUCGCUUACUGUCACUCGUCAUUCAACAUACAAGUAACAGAGAAUUCGUUGAAGGUUAUAGUCUUUGCUUUUUUAUUUAUCAGCUACUUCUCUCUUCUUUCUCUCUCUCUCGCACUCAGCUCUGACUCUCCCGGUUCAUCUCUCUCUUUCGUUAGUGUUUUCUCAUGUUGUCUUCUACUCUUGUCUGGCUGACUUCUUCCUCCUGUCUGUCCUCUUUCUUGUCUGGCCGAGCUCUCUCUUGUCCCUUUUAUCACCUUUUAUAAGUCCACGAAUCAGUCGUGAUGUCUCUAGAGAUUCCUUUCCAGUGCUAAUCAAUUUCUAUUUCUCUGGCACUCUAAUUAAGCUAACGCUUCCCUCCGUCUAAAUGGACAUCAACUAGCCUAGGGGUCACCAAACUGCGCCUUAAUUUACCCUUUACAAUUUUAAAUUAUUGUAUCUAGAUUUUCAUGUUAUCACACACCUGUUAACCCUCGAACUCCUAAAAUCGUACAAUUUGGUCUCAACAUCAAACAAUACAUUAUCUUAAUAGUAAAUAAAUAAACAUACAAUAUGUAAAAUGAAUACAGUAACUAAUCGCAUCGCAAUGCCUUGUGGAAUCGAGUUAAGCUGGUGUCAAAAAGUUAACUACUCUAAGUAGAUGACCGACGUUUGUAUUGCAGUCUGAGGUCACUUUGCUUUGCAGAAGUAAUUAACAAAUGAUGACAUUAUUUUAAAAACCUACCUAGUAACUGGAGUUUGUUGUUUUUAGGAAAAACUGGUUUUAAAAAAUUAUAAAAUAAUAAUCAAUUUCCAUAAAGCCUAUUCCCGCUAAUAUAUUAUUGUCGGGUAACUACCACAAACAGCAAAUGGAUGAAAAAAGAGGAACUAACAGCCCUUCAGCAAGUUCAGUUGUGCGGAGAACAGAAGAACUUGGAUAGAACAUAGUGCUAAAGAUACGUGAGAAAGCUAGGAACUUUCUGUGGUACUCUCUGACACUGAAUGAAUCUACUGAUCUCUCACAACUUCACAUGUUUAUUUGUGGUGUCAAUUGGGACUUUCAGAUAAUGGAUGAGUUUGCAUCCAUUUGCAGCAUGCAUAGAUAAACUUAUGUCUGUGAGCAAACAUUUUCAAAAAUAAAGUAUGUGAAGUCAACUCAUGGAAUGAUAGGGAUUGAAAACAAUUCUUUUGACUGGAUGCAGUAAUUCCAAACAAAACAAUGAUGAUAUUUUGAAAUGUCAGUUUCACAAAUCUUGUAACUAUCUUUUUUUCUAACGUCGCCUUCUUCGCUAACUUUUUUAGGAAAUAAAUAUGCUGGUUGUCUUUGUUUUUUUGCAUUGCAGCCACUCACUCAUGAUAAAAUUGGGAAUACUCAACUUAGUUUUUCGUCUUUUUUCCCAGAGCUUUGGCUCUGGCUUGCAAGUAUUGUACAGAAUGAUUAUCCGGCCAUCGUUGGUCAUUAACAAUUUAUAGUGACACCUAAACUAACCACUCCCUUUUCAGCUUUAAUGUCUUGAUUUAUACUUGUGUCACUGUCAAAGUCGUGAUUUCAUCCUGUUCAAAAUGACUCUAUUCAUGUUCAAAAUGACUCUAUUCCUGUUUAAAAUGUCUCACACUGUUUUAUUCCUGAGCUCAUUUUUAUUUUUACAACACUUUUACAACACACACAUAAAAAACAUUAAAAUAAUAUGCAUCAAAUCUACCAUAAAACUAGGAAAUCAAUACAAAGAUAUCAUAAAGUUGUUGCUAUUACUAUUUAAAGAAAUGAUGAUUUUGAAUUCAAUACAAUAUUCAAACAUUAUCAAAAGAUAAUUUUCUGUUUCGGUUUAAUCCUGAAGUGUCAAAGUGUCCUCUUUUUAUAGCCAUUUUCAUUGUUUCUAUAGAAUAGUAGUUACUAUCCUAGUGUCUCAUUUGUAUUUACUUAGUUUACAUGUUUUAAUAAUUGUAAAGCGCUUAGAGCUUUAUGAUAAGCGCUAUAUAAAAAUGCCUAAAUAAAUAAAUAAAUAAAUAAAAGAUGGAAGUUAGGGCUGAGUGGGGUAUUGACCCUGUGAUAUACAGAAAAGCAGAUAUCAGCACCCCCUGCAAAAAAUUUGACCUUGCAAAAAAUGGAACAGUUACUGAUUAGCUACUAGUAUUAAAAUAAAUGAAACCGUGAAGUUCUUAAAAUACUUAUAUGUAUUUGCUGCAAAUUUUGUGUCAUUAUUUUUCCUAGCAAGAUGCAUAUCUUUGGUACUCAUGACCAUGGCACUUUCUAUUUACAAUUAUUUAAUUUCACAUACUUCCUGGCUGAUUAUACUGAGUAGCCAAAGUUUGUGCAUGUGUGCAUGCAUUCUGGUGUGGGCUGCGGAUGCCAUGGGUGUGAGUUUGUGUGUAGAGGGUGUUUGGUGUGUGUCUUGUGUGUUGUUUGUGUGUAUGGUGUUUGUUUGUAUGGUUUGUGUGUGGUAUGGGUGGUAUUGUUUAUGUUUGGUGUGUAUGUGUUUUUUGUGUGUAAUUUAAAUAUUAUUUAAAGUUAUCGGAAUAGUUUCUUAUUGUUACUGCACUCCAGCUACAAUCCAGCUACAAUCAAAACCAAAAAGUAAUGUUUCGUGUGGUGCACGUCCGCAGCUAAUUCAAAGAAACAUUUUGGCGGUUCCUUUUCAUUUUGUUAUUAACAUUAUGUUAAACAUUAUUAUAUUAUUAUAUGAUUUUAAUUUUUGUUGUCGUUUUACUUUUUUGUAUUUUUACUUUUUUUACAUCGUAUUUUCCCUAGUAAACCCCAGGUAAAACUGUAAUAAUUUGUGGCAAUACAUCAAACUUUUCUGGAGAUUGACCUACAUAGCCCCUCUAUAGAGCCCCCCUCUACAGAGUCCCCUUUACACAGCUCUCCUAUACAGAGCCCCCACUACAGAGCCCCCUUUACAAAAAAGCUCUGCCCCCCCCCCCCCNCCCCCUCCAUCUCAACACCUGUUUCUUAAUUGCAAGGUAUAAUUUUGGUCGUGGGUGCUCAAAACUUGGAAAAAGAUAUAGAGCGGUCACUAAGAAGGUUGAAAACCGCUAGGUUAGAAUUAUAUUAUUAAGUUAUUAGUGCUUUGAAGACUUCAACUUUGAUGCUUUUGUCAUUGCUACUGGUUCUACGCAUGCAUUUUUCACUUCUCCUCAGUAGGUGGAACAAAUUAUAGAACAUUUUAAUCAUACAUAAUUCCUAUCUAUUAUAACUCUUCUUCCCAAUAACUAGGCUUUUAAAAUGUAUGAUGUUGAUGAUGAUGAGAAAGUAACCAAAGACGAAUUUCGUAGAGUUUUGGAAUGUAACUGUAUGCCUCUCACUUCAGAAGAGUUUAAUUCUAUUUUGGCAAAGGUAAGUUUUGUUCACUUUCCGUUUUUUUUUUAAUAUAUUGUUUUGCUUAUUUUUCUACUAAGACAUGCAUGUUUACUUUUUUACUAUUUCUUCUCAUGUUUACUUUUCUACUAAGACUUCUCAUGUUUACUUUUUUACUAAGACUUUGCAUGUUUACUUUUCUACUAAGACUUCCCAUGUUUACUUUUCUACUAAGACUUCGCUGGUUUACUUUUCUACUAAGAAUUAUCAUGUUUUAUUCUUUUUCAGUCUCUUUUACACUGGCAGUUGGUGUUAAUUACACUUUUCUGUUUUGUCCUGCUGUAUUAUGAACCAUAAUAAAACAAAAACUUGUUUCAUCAUAUUUUUAUGACUUAACAACUAAAACAAAGACUUGUUUCAUCAUAUUUUUAUGACAUAACUACUGAAACAAAAACUUGUUUCAUCAUUUUUUAUGCCAUAACUACUGAAAAAAAUACUUGUUUCAUCAUAUUUUAUGACAUAACUACUGAAACAAAGAUUUGUUUCAUCAUAUUUUAUGACAUAACUACUGAAACAAAGACUUGUUUCAUCAUAUUUUAGCCUCGCUUGAUUUGCAUCUAUAUUUGUUAUGUUAAACCUAAUUGUGAAGAUACAAAAACAAAAUUAACUACCCUGUAGUAGAUUCUGAGAUUAAAAUGACACUAAUUUUUUAAUUUCUAAAAACAGCUAUCAUUAACAAAUGGUGGUACAAGAGUCAACUAUGUAGAUUUCCUCAGAAAAUUUCAUGGUUUGGAUGCAUCAAACACGAUAGGAAAUCUAAGGUAGGAAUUUCAUUUCUUUACAUUAAGAACCAAUAACCUUUAAAACUUUGGCAUAAAAAAGGAGGCAAAAAUUGUGGAAAACAUAAGACAACUUUUUGCGUUUUUUAGUUGGUUUUAUAUAUAAUACCUUAUGAGAUAGAUUUACUUUCAUAGGAUCUUCAAGUGUGUCUUCAAUUGAUAGGGCCAAUAAGGCAUUUAUAGGAUCUGCUAGUGUGGUUUUAACUGAUAGGGCCAAUAAGGCAUUUAUAGGAUCUGCUAGUGUGGCUUUAACUGAUAGGGCCAAUAAGGCAUUUAUAGGAUCUGCAAGUGUGUCUUCGAUUGAUAGGGCCAAUAAGGCAUUUAUAGGAUCUGCAAGUGUGGUUGUAACUGAUAGGGCCAAUAAGGCAUUUAUAGGAUCUGCUAGUGUGGUUUUAACUGAUAGGGCCAAUAAGGCAUUUAUAGGAUCUGCUAGUGUGGCUUUAACUGAUAGGGCCAAUAAGGCAUUUAUAGGCUCUGCAAGUGUGUCUUCGAUUGAUAGGGCCAAUAAGGCAUUUAUAGGAUCUGCAAGUGUGGUUGUAACUGAUAGGGCCAAUAAGGCAUUUAUAGGAUCUGCUAGUGUGGCUUUAACUGAUAGGGCCAAUAAGGCAUUUAUAGGAUCUGCUAGUGUGGCUUUAACUGAUAGGGCCAAUAAGGCAUUUAUAGGCUCUGCAAGUGUGUCUUCGAUUGAUAGGGCCAAUAAAACAUUUAUAGGAUCUUCAAGUGUGUCUUAAAUUGAUAGGGCCAAUAAGGCAUUUAUAGGAUCUGCAAGUGUGGUUGUAACUGAUAGGGCCAAUAAGGCAUUUAUAUGAUCUGCAAAUGUGUCUUCAAUUGAUAGGAGCAGUAAAGCAUUUAUAAGAUCUCCAAGUGUGUCUUCAAUGGGUAAAGGCUAUAGGGCAUUUAUUCUAUUCUUGUAGUGUUUCUUUUUCUUCUAUAUUUGAGGGCCCACAUUUAUUGAUCAUUUUGACUCCUGGUUUGAAUUCAGAGUUUGCCCUCUCUUUGAUGACUUGCAGUCCAAGGCUAAUGAGUCCCAUCCACCCAGGGUGCUUGGGAUGUUUUUGCCUGUCUUGGCUUUGGUGGGGAUUGAACUUCAGACCACCAGCUGUUUGGAUCGAGUUAGUUUAAUGCUCGGCUACCCAAACUAAAAAUGAUGUUAGGGGGGGNACUUGCUGAAUAUGGGGGGGGUGGGGGGGGGGGGGUAAAAUAGACAGAAAUGGAAUGACAACAUUUAUGGAUGGCACAUCGUAGCUUUGAUACCUUUUUACUUCAACUGAAAAUAACAAAAGAAAUGUACCAGUACUCUAAUUCGUUCAUAAAGAAGACUGUAAAUUAUUUCAUACUAGCCAAUAUACCCGGCAUUUGCCUGAAUAGUAUUCGGCAAAGAGGAAAUCCUACAACUUAACAUUAAAUUUAAGCACCUUGUAAAAAAAAACAACUCCACUUUAGUAAAAAAAAAAACAACACAUUUAUAAUAACUUUUGUAAACCAUUCAUUCCCUGAUAGAAUCCCAAUCCCAGAGGGAAAACAAUCAGAUCCCAUUUCCCGAUGGUAUAUUGGUAUCCUGAGCAUUGGUAUUCUAAUCCCAGUUGUUGUGGGUUCCUGAUUCCGUUGGGAUCUAUUUUCUUGGUGUGAUCCCGAUCUUGCUUCGAUCAUAAUGCUAGAUCCAUCAAUUCACAGAGAACCUAUAGUGUUGUCUAAUUAAGUCUAUAAAUAAUUAUAUAGCUUAUAUAAGGAAAAUGAAAUGGGGCUCCAGGCCCCAGAUCUGGGGCCCCAGAGAAAUGGAUAUUAUGAGUUCAGUAUUUGAAUAUUGAUAAUCAAGUGUAUGUGCACUAAGUUUAGUCAAGAUCCAUUGAUUCAUGUAGAAGUAUUUGUUGGUAAUUUUAUUUAUACAGCUCAUAUAAGAAAAUAGGAAAUUCAUGGUCCUCUGCCCCAAAAGCGAAUGUUAUGAAACUUCAUAACCCCUUAGGAGUUCCUUCCGGAUAAUGAUGGACAUAUGUGCCAAGUUUGGUCAAGAUCCCUCAAUACAUGUAAAAACGUAUGUGGAACAAACCCACAAACAUUCACUUUUAUAUAUAUAUAUAUAAGAUUUUUUUUAAAGGUCACUCAUAUAUAUUCAUUUUUAAACUUGCUAAUUACAUAAAUAUUCCUGCUCCUCUCAGGUUGGGACUACAUACCCCAAAAGAAUUGAAUUUAGAUAUUUUAGAGAAGCUGCUUAAAGAUAAAGUAAGUAACUUUGCAUUAGGACAAUGAAACAUUGCAAUAAAUACUUUUACAUAAUAUUUGUUAAUUAAGUUGUUUGUUUCAUUUAAUAAUAGAAUUGUUUAUUUUUAUUGAUAUUCUUUGAAAUAUUAGAUAUGACAUUUUGUGCUUGGAAUUAUUAUUUAUGUUAUGUAGUUUUAUAAGAAUAUAUAUCUUCUUAAAAUAUUCUUAGUUUCUUUGAUUAUUUUCAAAAAGUUAAAAGCCAGGUAUUUCACUUCAUUCAAGAGACUUAAUAUUUCCUUUAAUAAUACCAAACAUAGGCAUACUAAUAUUGAUUCACUAAAUCUAAGAAGAUAGGCUUCAGUUAUCAAGAUGGUAGAAAGUUUCAGAAGACUGGAAAUAGGCAAAUAGUUGAUAAAUGGAGACCAACUCAUAGAAUAAAAUAGAAAUCAAUAAUGUAUUAGAUAUAUAAACAUCACUUACCAAUAGUCAGAGAAUACUAACAAGACUUAUCCCCAACAGUCAGAGAAGACUAACAAGACUUAUACCCAACAGUCAGAGAAAACUUACAAGACUUAUCCCCAACAGUCAGAGAAGACCUACAAGACUUAUCCCCAACAGUCAGAGAAGAGUUACAAGACUUAUCCUCUAAUCAAUAUACAAUAUUUAUCCCCAAAUCAAUAUAAGAUUGUUAUUAUUUUUUUAAACCCAGUGUAGGGGCCUGGAAUAAAGCAUAUUGGCAAUUCUUGCCUGAGGAGAGUUGAAUUUAACUGGGUUUUAAAAUUAAAUUUUAUUGACUCAAUGAAAGUUUUUUAAAAAAUGCCACUAAAAAUCACAUGUUUUCUAUGCCAGAUAAAUGCAAACCUAAGAUCAGUUUUGAAAGGACUGCAAAUGUCUGACUUCAACAUGGAUGGCAAGGUACAGAAGAAUGAGCUUCGGAGAGUCCUGGAGAACCACUGUUUCAAAUUUACUGAUGAGCAAUAUGAAAAGUUUGGUCAAUUUUUUACAAGGAGAUUUUUUUUAAUGUUAUUUUAAGGAAUUUUUUGUUUUAAAUGUAUCAAAUAAAUAAAUAUAUCAAAAUGUAAUAAGAAUGUUGAAUGUCUAUGUAGCUAAUGUGAUUAUGAAUGCUAAAUGACUAUACAGCUAUGUGAUAUUAAUGCUGUAUGUCUAUACAGCUAAUGUGAUAUGAAUGGUGUAUGUCUAUACAGCAAAUGUGAUAUGAAUGUUGUAUGUCUGUGCAGCUAAUGUGCUAAAAAUGUUGAUGUCUAUGCCGAUGUCCAUUAGUUGUAAUGAAUUAAGUGCAACCAAUACAAUAUGUGGCCAACUUUAGAGAGAUGGUAUUUAGGAAUGAAUUUUAUUUAUUCUGCUUUAUCUUGAAAGGCUAGGGAAAAUGUUUGUGUAUGUGGGGGGGGGGGUGGGGGGUUAUGUUUUAACAUGCUAUUUUAGCUGCACUUUAAUGAUACCAUUUGUGCUAGUAUUUCCCUGUUUAGACGCUAACAGUAAAUAUGUAACCAAUACAAUAUGUGGCCAACUUUAGAGAGAUGGUAUUUAGGAAUGAAUUUUAUUUAUUCUGCUUUAUCUUGAAAGGCUAGGGAAAAUGUUUGUGUAUGUGGGGGGGGGGGGGGGGGGUUAUGUUUUAACAUGCUAUUUUAGCUGCACUUUAAUGAUACCAUUUGUGCUAGUAUUUCCCUGUUUAGACGCUAACAGUAAAUAUGGCUUUAAAUAUAGAAUUUGCGCUAAUAUUUCCCUGAUUUUCAGAUACUGACCAAAAUUUGGCUUUUAUUUAACAUCUCGAUAUUUUAUACAACUAAAACAUGAUAUUUUAAAAUGUCUAUCAAUUUGAUGAUAUCCCUCAGACUGUGGGAUCGCUAUGACUUUCAGCACACUGGGCUUGUCAAUUACCAGGAUUUCUUUGCAAGACUGGGAGUCAUUGUUAAACUGAACAGAAACCUAUUGCCAGCAAGGACAGCAGCAGGAGGUAUUGUCUUUUUUUAACUGAAUUUUGUAUCCAUGGGUCUCUUAUAAAAUAUAUUAAAGAGUCUUUCAUUUGAUAAAUUAAAGCGUCUGUCAUUUACUGAAUUAAAAUGUCUGCCAUUUGAUAGUUUUAUGUCUGACUUCUUACAAGACUUUAUUGGUCAUUCUAAUAAUAUCCCUAAUUCCAAUAAUUUGUUAGUUCCCCAAUGGCCAAAAGGGAUUACAUCAUGGUCCAGGCACAAUAAAGGAGCAGCGGGUCAGCUGCAAUACCAGCAGAAAGAAGACGAGAAGCUUAUACGUUCCCUGACAUUAGAGCAGAUUGAGUUUGAGUUUCGAAAGAGGGUAUGUAUCCACACUCUUGGAGCUUUCUCUUUCUACAGGCACAGCAGGAGCCAGAAUGAUCAAUUUACAAUGAUCGUGAGCCCUCAAAUGUAGAAGAAGAAGCAUGGAAAUAGAAAAUAAAGCUUCUUUUACAAAUUAUUUUAAAAAUUUGUUUAUAUAAAUUAUUUAAAUAUAAUUUUAUUAAACUAUAAUUAGUUACACCAUUUUUAUCAUUUGGCUUUUUUCUUAAGUGAGACAAAAGUAUUUAGUAAGAAAAAAUAUUCAGACAUUAAAAAAUCUUGUUUUUACAGAUGCGGAACAACUAUUUGAAACUUAAAAAGACUUUUAUGUCCUUCGACAAACAUUUAGAUGGCUACGUGUCCAUUGAGGAUCUUAAAUCUAUUCUCAACAGCUUUACCUUGCCUAUGUCUGAUGAGCUGUUUCUCCAGUUAAUGGAAAGGUAGGAGAAAAUGCAAUUAAUUUUUCACUUAGACAAUCCUUCAAUUUCAAUAAAUGCUAUUUAACAUGCGAGACCAUUUUAAUUGUCAUAAAAAUCGAAACCAAAGAAACAACAAAUGAAUAAAUGGCUUGUCUAAAGUGUUUUUCAUUGAACUUUUAAUGAGACAAACCCUUUUUAACACUGAAUUAAAAUCUGUGGAUUCUGACCUUGGCAAAUUAAUGACGCAGGCAAAAAUAUGUGAUUAAAGAAAAUAUUAUUACCAAAGCACCAUUAAUUAAUGCAAACCUGAAUGGAAUCAACUUAAAUUGGGUUAUAACCGUAAUUUUUUUUUUUUUUUUAAAUAUCCCAGUUUUCAUGGCUCUAACCUAGAUGUUAGAGAUAUUUGUAAACUCAUAAAAAUAUCCCAGCCCCAUUUUCAAUGCUUCUGAACUGUUUUAUCGGCAAAUGAUAUAAUGCUUUAAAUUUAUUUUUAAAGAUGAAUUUAAAUCCAGAUUUUCACAUCUGUAGCAUCAAGUCUGAAUAUGUGGUGUCCUCAUGUAACAUCACAUCUGAAGACAUAGUGACCUCCUAAAUAUCUAUUUUUUCCAUGUAGCAGAACUCUAUUCUAAAAAUUGUGAUCACAUAUUUCUUCUUUUUUAAAGAAGAAUCAUUUUACAUAUGUCUAUGUCUUUUGAGACAUUGGAAUCCUCUAUAAAAUGUAAAUACCAUUUUGUUAGGUGCCGUAACUGGUAUAAUUUAUAGUUCCUAAAUUUGAAAGAAAAUCUAAAUCUUAAUGUUUAUAUGUGUAACAAUUUGGGUUAUAAGAUAUCUGUGUCCUUAUAGAGAUAUACGAACCACUCCCCCCCCCCCCUUUUUUUCAACUCCAAGUGUUUUUUCAAGAUAUUGUCAAACAUUUAUUUUUGUUUUUUUAAUAAUAUUAAACCCUAGCCCUAAUCCUGAGUUUCACUUCUAUAACAUGAGGGAGCAUCAAUAACCCUAACUCUAAUCCAGAGUUACACUUCUGUUAGAUCAGGGGAACAUCCAUAACAAUUGUUCUGAUUUAGAUAAUUUAUAAAUCUCAAAAUUCCUACAUGGGGUAAUGAAUUUUAAAAAAACUGAACAUUUUAUUGCUUAUCAAUUUUUUUUAAAUUUUUUUAUUUAACCUUUAAGAUUAAAUGUACACUGCAAAUGGCAGGUAAGAACGUUAGCAUAAUUUUUAGUGUAUGUGAGGUCAAAGGUGGCCUCUUCCCACCUGUAGAAUUUGUCUCAAAUGACUAAGUUGACCAUUUGUACUGUUUUUUACCAAUGAGUUACUGGUUAUUAGAUCAUAGUCCUGGUAAGUUAGAGUUGUAUCUGGUACAGUUAAAGGCUACAAAAUAAAAUGUAUUAAUUUAACAAAAGAUAGAGCACACUCAGGUAUAAAUAAAUAAAAUAACUAAAAAUAUAUAUGUUCCAUUAAGUAGUAUCAUGAUACUAUUUUGUUCAAAAGAAACCCUCACAAACAGAAGAGCUCUUCAUGUAACAAAAAAGAUAUUUUUUGCUUAUUGUCCUGGUUUUAUAUUUAAAAUUUUCAAAUGUCCUGGUUUCAAAAUUGAAAAAGCUUUUUCUUUACUUAAAAAUAUUUGUAACUCAAGUCAAAUAUGGAGAUAGACAAAUAUUAUAAUUUUUAACUCAAAUUUUAAGUCUGUUCUGCUGUAUGGCUCAGAAAGAUGGAGUUCAAACAAGAAAGUUGGAGAUCAUCCAAGAAAGUUAGGGAUCAUCUCUGGAACUGCACUUUGCUGGUUUGCUUCUUAUCUUCUUCUAUAUAUUCAGGGCCCACGAUCAAUGUAUUGAUCAUUCUGGCUCCUAUUUAUGUAGAGGUGAUUCGCAAUGUUUUGAGCAUAUCAGGAACUAGGGGUUGGAAGACCUGAGGCAAAAGACGCAAAUGUGUCAAGUGUUGUCACCUCAACUGUUCCUUUUGGAAGCUUGUUCCAGUCCCUGAUUGUCUUUGGCAGGAAUGAGCAGUUCCUGUACUGUGUUCUUGCUGUUAUGAGCCGGAACUGCUUGUCAUGGCUUCGUCGCUGUCUAGGGGGGAGAGGGGUGAGUUUCUUUUUGAUGUUGGAGCAGUGGACUGUAUUGUAGUAUAUUAAGCAUCUUCCAAGGACACUUCCCUUACUGGAAGGUGUGCCAUGGUCUCAGGACCUAUUCUGUUCUCUAUGUGCACUAGCCAGUUUGGUAGAAUUGUUCAAAGUCAUGGUAUAUCCCGCAUAUUAUUUGUGGACGACACAGAAUAGAGUUUCUGCCCAGAUCAUUUGGACGGUGCUGCUGCUGUCCAGGCUGUUAAGGACUGCUGUCUUGUGGCAAAAUCAUGGAUGGCACCAUACAGACUUAAAUUAAAUGAGGACAAGAUAGAGGCAAUUAUAUGUGGUUCUGAUGCCGAUAUUCGAAAGGUUGCCAUUGCAUCAAUAAAAGUUGAUGCUUCUGAGAUCUCCAGCGCGUUUAGAGACUUUGGCUUCUACACUGAUAGUAAACUCACAAUGAUUCCUCAUAUCAGUUCUGUGGUCAAGACUUGUUUCUGUCAUCUAUGUGCCCUCGGUCAGCUGCGCCAUCAACUAGAUAAGAGAACAGCAAAUACAGUUGCAGUCUCUCUAAUUUAAGAGACAUUUAAAGACAUUUUCCUUUAUAAAGAGUUAAUGACAUCAAAGCACUUUAAGCAUACUAGAAUAGCAUGGACACAAGCACUUUCCAAAAAAUCAUCACCAUCAACUAAGAAAGCUGGAGGUCAGGCAAGAAAGCUGGAAGUCAACCAAAGAAAACUCAAGGUCAACCAAGAAAGCUGGAGGUCAACCAAGAAAGCUGGAAGUAAACCAAGAAAGCUGGAGUCAGCCAAGAAAGAUGGAGGUCAACCAAGAAAGAGAGAGGUCAACCAAGAAAGCUGGAGGUAAACCAAGAAAGCUGGAGUCAUCCAAGAAAGAUGGAGUCAGCCAAGAAAGCUGGAGGUAUACCAAGAAAGCUUGAGUCAACCAAGAAAGAUGGAGUCAGCCAAGAAAGUGGAGGUCAACCAAGAAAGAUGGGGGUCAACCAAGUAAGAAGUAGUCAGCCAAGAACAAUGGCUGUCAACCAAGAAAGAUAAAGUCAGCCAAGAAAGCUGGAGGUCAACAAAGAAAUCUGGAGGUCAACCAAGAAAGCUGGAGUCAGCCAAGAAUGCUGGAGUCAGCCAAGAAUGCUGGAGGUCAAACAAGACAGAUGGAGGUCAACCAAGAAAGAUGGAGGUCACCAAGAAAGAUGGAGGUCAACCAAUAAAGCUGGAGGUUAACCAAGAAAACUGGAGGUCAACUAACAAAGAUGGAGUCAGCCAACACAGUUGGAGGUCAAUCAAGAAAUCUGGAGGUAAACCAAGAAAGAUGGAGGUCAACCAAGAAAGAUGGAGGUCAACCAAGAAAGAUGGAGGUCAACCAAGAAAGAUGGAAGUCAACCAAAGAAAACUCAAGGUCAACCAAGAAAGAUGGAGGUCAACCAAUAAAGCUGGAGGUUAACCAAGAAAACUGAAGUUCAACCAAGAUAGCUAGAGUCAGCCAAGAAAGCUGGAGGUAAACCAAGAAAGCUGGAGUCAGCCAAGAAAGCUGCAGGUAAACCAUGAAAGCUGGAGUCAGCCAAGAAAGCUGGAGGUAAACCAAGAAAGUUGGAGGUCAACCAAGAAAGAUGGAGUCAGCUAAAAAGCUGGAGGUCAACCAAGAAAGCAAAGAAAUCUGGAGGUCAACCAAGAAAGCUGGAGGUCAACCAAGAAAGCUGGAGUCAGCCAAGAAAGAUGGAGGUCAACCAAGAAAGAGAGAGGUCAACCAAGAAAGCUGGAGGUCCCCAAUAAAGAUGGAGGUCAACCAAGAAAGAUUGGAAAAGACUGUCAACUUCCAAGAAUAGUUUCCUGUGUAAAAUCAACAGCAAAUAGUUCCACAAAAUCCUUAGUAUUAUUUUUAUUUAAUUCUGUUUUGACCGUUUGUUUGUUUGCUGAUGAAAGCUUCUUGCCAACACAUAGGUUGUUUUGUUGCAUUCUUUUUUUCAGAUUUCUAAUACUUUGUUUUGCUCAUGUGUAUAUAUAUCCAAAAUAUAUUUAUUUGUAUAUAUAUAUAUCCUUUCUAUUCCCUUAUAUAGCAUUGAUAACACAUGUAGCCCUUUAUAUAGUAUUUAACUUAUUAUAUGUUUAUAAGUCAUUGAAAAUUUGGUAGAAUGCCAUUUUACAACUAUUUUGUCAUCUUUCCUUAAUUUUCUUAUUUCCUCAGGUGUGGUAUUCGAGCAAGUGGAAGAGUUGCGUGGGAAAUAUUCCUAGAGAAAUUUCAGAGCCCUAUUUCUAUAGGCAAUGGACAGACCAUUCCUAUAGGCUCAAAUUACAGGUAACUGGAUUUACUUUCAAAUCAUUCCAUACAAAAUGUAUGAAUAUCUUAAGGACAGAGAGUAAAAAGAAAUAAGAAGAAACCCUUCUGCUUCACAGAAAAACAGCAAUUCUGUGCACCUCAAUGCCAUAAUGCCUUAAAAACUAUUCUGUUUUGUUACAUCUCAUUGCCACAAUGCCUUAAAAACCAGCAAUUCUGCAUUGUGCAUUGUCACACCUCAAUUUUAUAUUGCCUUUUUUACUUUAUAGUGUAAUUAUUUGAUUUUAUAACAACUAGUAUCACUAGUAUCAGUUUAUUUGGCAGUAUCUCUAGUCUCAGUUAUUAGGCAGUAUCACUAGUAUCAGUUUAUUAGGUAGUAUCACAAGUAUUCAUGUGUCGCUACUUGUUCUAUUCUGUGUUUUUAUUUACAAGGUCUGCUAUUUGAUGCAUCCUCAUGUCUGCUAUUUGGUGCAUCCUCAUGUCUGCUAUUUGGAGCAUCCUCAUGUCUGCUAUUUGGUGCAUCCUCAUGUCUGCUAUUUGGUGCAUCCUCAUGUCUGCUAUUUGGAGCUUCCUCAUGUCUGCUAUUUGGUGCUUCCUCGUGCCUGCUACUUUUAGUGCUUCCUCAUGCCUGCUAUUUAGUGCUUCCUCAUGUCUGCUACUUGGUGCUACCUCAUAUUUGCUAUUUGGUGCUUCCUCCACCAGAAUGUGACAAUCAUUUCCUCAAUCAUGUUGGUAGAUUCACAAAAGUCAAUGUCCAUCACACCAAAGAAUAAAGCUUGUUAUUAUUUUGUGAUUUAAACUUUUCCGUUGAUAAACUUUUCCUUUGUUAUGUUAGGCCAAAUAUUUAAUUUGUGAUUUAAACUUUCCCUUGAUAUGUUAGGCCAAAUAUAUAAUUUGUGAUUUAAACUUCUCCUUAGAUAUGUUAGGCCAAAUAGUUAAUUUAUGAACAAAUUUAAUAAGUGGAAUGAUGUAUGGUCUAAAUAUAGACACAUUUUUGAAAAUCAGACAAUGAUAAAUCCAAGACUUGUAUAAAUCUAAGAAGUAGAUAACUCCAUGAUAUAGAUAAAUCCAAUGCACAGAUAAAUCCAAUACAUAGUUAAUUUCCAAUAGAUAGAUACAUUCAAGAUUUAGAUAAAUCCAAUACAUAGAUAAAUCCAAGACAUAGAUAAAUCCAAGAAGUAGAUAAAUGCAAUGUAUACAUAAAUCCUAUACUUAGAUAAAUCCAGUACAUAGAUAAAUCCAGAACAUAAAUAAAUCCAUGACAUAGAUAAAUCCAAGACAUGUAUAAAUCCAAGAUAAUAGAAAUAACCAGAAUGUGAAAGCCAAUGUCCACUUAAAAUAACCAGAAUGUGAAAGCCAAUGUCCACUUAAAUUAAGCAGAUGUGAAAUGGUGACAUUAAUCAUCAACUUUUUACCAGGUUUCCGCUUGAUUGCUUUACAUUUGUGUCAAAGUGUAUGUUUUAAUUGAUUUGUAUAAAAACUGUAUGGAUUUUUAAAUAGUUCUUAUGUUACUAACUAUAGGUCAGAAUAAGCUAAACAAAUUUUAGUGGCUCACCAAGUAAAAGUAUAAAAUAAACAGCAAUUAAAAGCACAAUUGAGGAAAUGAUGCAAAAGCCAAUCUUCAACUGAACUUUUAUUUUUUUAUGUUAAAAAGUUAUAAAAUCCCUUUAUCUUAUCUCAGAAUUUACCCCAUCAUGGAGAUGCAGCGAGUUGUUGAAUGGGACUCUAUAUGGAAACAGUUGUACAAGCGUGUUCAAUCCCACUACAAUGGCUUGAAAGAAGCUUUUCUACAGAUGGACAAGGCAAGUAUGCCUCAGAUCUAUGGAAUAUAUAAAUUAAUAUACUAUUGCGCCAGAAUGUAACACUGUCCCACAAUGUAUCACCACCACACAAUUUAUCACCACCCCACAAUGUAUCACAGCACCAAAAUGUAUCACAGCACCAAAAUGUAUCACAGCACCAAAAUGUAUCACAGCACCAAAAUGUAUCACAGCACCAAAAUGUGUCAGCCCCACAAGGUAUUUUGCCCUACAAUGUACCACACCCUCCACAUUUAUCACAGCCCCACAAUUAUCACAUCCCCACAAGGUGUCAAUGCUCCAGUAUGUAUCAAUGCCCCACAAGGUAUCACUGCCCCACAAGGUAUCAAUGCCACACAAUGUUCUCAGGUUUUUUUUAAAAAGAAUGCUAACUAUGUGAUUUACCAAGUAUAUACAUAGAUUUUACAAUAAUUUUAUUAACUUUGCAUUCUAAGAUUAUUUACAUAUUUACAGAAUCGUGAUGGUAGAAUAUCAAGGAAAGAAUUUCGAGAACUUAUUGAAAAGUUCACAUUCAGACUUGAUGACAAACAGUUCCAAGAACUCAUGUCUCGGAUAGACCCUGAUCAUGGAAGCAACAUUGACUACCACAUUUUUCUCCGGCUGUUUGAAGAGAAAGAAACAAAGGCAGGCAGUAAAUUGUUUGUUUACCCAAAAUUGUAUUGGCAUUUAUCAUUGUUUUUGGAAUUUAUCAUUUUUUGGCAUUUGUCAUUGUUUUGGCAUUUGUCAUUAUUUUAGGCAUUUGUCAUUAUUUUGGCAUCAUCAUUGUUUUGGCAUGUAUCAUUGUUUUGGCAUGUAUCAUUGUUUUGGCAUUUAUCAUUGUUUUGGCAUCCAUCAUUGUUAUAAUUGAUAAAAUAGGAUUUUUUUUGUUGAUCCAAAUAAACGGAAAUGUUUUUUAUUAAUAUGUAUAUCUUCAUUUUCAGCACAUACAUAGUCUUGUCUUACAAAGACAAACAUUUUUAAAAUAGUGCAAUUGAACACAGGACAUCUAAAGCAUAUUUUAAAGUACAAAAGUCAUCCUUUAGUCAAUUAGUGACAAUAUUGACUUUAAGAGUGAUUAUUUAGAUUUGUAACAGCUGAUAAUACCUCUAAUUUUCCUUUAUUCAAUUAAUAAUCCCUUCAUUUUGGCAUUUAAUUUGAAAACAUUGCCAAUCCAAUAGCUUUUAUUCAUUUAUUUAUUUUGAAGGUAUUGUUAUAGCUUUUAUUCAUUUAUUUAUUUUGAAGGUAUUGUUUUGAAAUACUGAACAAAAAUAAAAAGCAAUUUCAUGAUUCACUCUUAAUUAAUUUAAAACAGACUUCAGCUUGUCUUAAGACUUCAGCUUGUUUUACUUACUUCAGCUUGUCUUACUUACUUCAGAGUUCAGCUUGUCUUAAGACUUCAGCUUGUCUUACUUACUUCUUGUUUUCUUUUCUCCAACAGGACGGCCAUAAGUGGUUAAAAUCUGUCCACAAAUACAAUGAUAAACCAAGACCUGCCAUCCUCAACUGGGACACUGUAAGAUUUAUAAUCACAUAAUCACUUUAUUGUGUUUGAAAGAACUGGUCAGUGGACCAACAAGGGUUUUUUAUUGUAACGUGCGUUCAAAAAUUAGUCUGUGGAUUAAUUUAGUGGAUUAACCAAGUGGAUUAACUAAUUAAAGUGUUGUAGGGCCAGAAUCUGGGCUUCGUUCCAAUUUUAAACUAUGUCCUUUUUAAAUCCUUUAUAUGAACUUGGCUUGUGUUUGUGGCUGGCUGGCAAAGUCACUGGACAGCAAAUUGACAGACUUCCCGGCUAAGUGACAGACUUCCCGUCAAGCUAUUGAGCUGAAUCUUAGAACGCAGACUUGAUGCCAAUGACAAGCCAUUCUUUCAAAUUUUCAGCCCCACCCCCCUUUUCUGGCCACCUAAAAUCAGAUUUUCCUGUUCUUCAAGGGGAACUUAAAGGAAAAUUCCCUAUAAAUGGCCUAAAUGAGAUUCUUAAAAAAUAUAUAUCGCAAGUGCGUUUGGUGCGUAAUAUUUUCCUUUGCAUUUCUUAAAUAUUUUGUGAAAUAAAUAUGUGGUAUAAAAGCAGGUGGGUCAUUAGAAUAUUUAUAUAAUUCAGGGUCCUGAUAAAAAUGUGCAGCUGCGAGCUUUGAGUGGGGAGCUCUAAAUGAGAUUCUUAUAAAGUGCGUUACUUUUAUGCAUGUUUUGUCAAAUUUUGAACCCCACCCCAAUUGCUCAAUAUUACAUUUUAUUAAAGAUUUAUAUGAAAAACUAUAUUUUUAGGGGUUGUUUAAUUAUAUCAUAUCUCAACUCUUUAACUUUGUUUCAAAUGCUAUUUUAAAUGUUGUUCUGUAACUUCUUUCCUGAUUACCAGCUCAAGUUUGCAUUACAUAUAAUUGAUUAUAAACAAAGUUAUUAACUUUUUCUCACUGUCAAUGUUAACUUCAAUUGUAAAAAGAUGAGAUUUGCUCUUAUAUCAAUGCUACAUGUUAUUUGUAUUUCAUACAUUUAUAAUAAUAAUAAUAAAAGAAUAAGGUUGUUCUGAUAGCUGGCAUUUGGAUAACUGGCAUUUGGAUAAUCAGUGUUCUGAAAUUGUCGCUCUACUGUAGUUAUUUGUAAUAUUCCAUUUUCUAAGGUUGAAGAGCUGCUGAGAGAAAAAAUAACUUAUUACUGGAAAGAUGUAUCUGACUGGCUAACCUACCAUGAUAGGAAAGGUCAAGGAUAUAUGUCAAUGGGGACCCUAAAGAAAAUUCUUGACAUGCAGGUCCUACCCAUCUCUAAAGAACAUUUCGAAAAGUAAUUAUAGGCCUCAUCCAAUUGUGUGUCAUUCGUAGAAUUCAUCAAAUUGUGUGUCAAUCUUAUAAUAAAUCCAAUUGUGUCAUUCUUAGAACUCAUCCAAUUGUGUCAUUCAUAGAACUCAUCCAAUUCUGUCAUUUUGAGAACUCAUCCUAUUGCGUCAUCAAACUUGUAAAUAAUUCAUGGUCUCUGAUACACAUGAUGCAUUCAGCAAAAACGAUUGACAUUAUUCACUCCAUAUUUGUCAAUGCAAUAAAAUUAUUUUAAUAUAUAUUCAUUCUCUGCAUUUUCUCUAUAUGUCAGCUUGAUAACUAGAUGCACAGACUUCAAGGAAGGCAAAGUCAAUUAUAUGGAGUUUUUGGCUAGGCUUGGGGUGGAUGUGAGACCUGGUGACAUACAUGGUGUCAGUUCACAAAUCAUGGAGAGCAGCGGUAGAGCUGAGGUGAUGCGGAACAUUGAUCUAAUCAACAGGUGCAGAUUGAGACAUAUCGAAAUAUCUCUUUUAGUUUCCGUCUCUGGCUACUAAAUAGGCUUACUUAGCUGAUAGAAAUAAUUAGAAUACUAAAGAUUGUAGCCGACUUAUGAGACUAAUUUUUGUAAUAGCUUAGAUUACCUCUAAAAUGAUUAAACCUUAUCCUCAAAAAAAUAUGUAUAUAUGUUAUUGAUUUUUUAAAAUUAACUUUCCUAUCAACAUAGAAAGAGUGUGAAAAAUAUUUGAAUGUUACUAUUUUUCAAAUAUUGAGUUCUAACAUUUUUAGGCAUGAUCAAAUGGCCUUGAACCAAUGCUAUAGAACUAGUCAAAUGAGUGCUGAUGAGGUCAUCACAAGGUUCAAGGACAAGAUGUCCCAGCUGUCACCAGAACUGCGUAGAGCUUUUCUAGCUUGUGACAAACAAAGCAAAGGACACAUUACUAAGAAGGAGUUUAGACGGGUCUGAUUUUUCAACUUAUAAACUUUAUUGUUUGACUAAAUUAAAUAACUUUGAAGAAGCUUAUAUAUUCAUUUGCUAUAUUGAUAUGGUAUAUUGAUGUGGUAUAUUGAUGAUGAUGCUAAGGAUUGAUUACUUCUAUAGCACUUGUCUCCAUGCUAUCCUAGCAAACUGAAGGCACAAUAUUGAUGAUCAAUUUUUAUAUUAAAUUUAUGUCUAUCUAAAACAAUAAGAAAUAUGAGAAAAAUUGUUUUAUAAAGUAGGCUGAAGGAUGGAAAAUGAUUUAAAUUGUAGGUUCUUAUUUUAUAUUGUAUGCUAUUGAAAUCAGUGCUACUAAAAUCAGUGCUAUUGAAAUCAGUGCUACUGAAAUCAAUGCUACUGAAAUCAGUGCUACAUUGUCAGCUUAGCUCCUUCCUAUUUUAUAUUGGCUGUUGCUGUGCAUUUAACUUGAUCUAAUUCUGCAUUUAAAUCUAAACAAACUUACUCUUGGGGCAAGUAAUUUUUUUUGUAUGGGAACCAAUAGGAAACAAGAUUUUUUUCCCUAAGUGAAAUAUAGAGCAUCCUUAAAUAUGAUUUACAAUUUUGAACAGAUUCUCUCGGACCUUGGCAUUUUGAUGUCUGAUGAGCAAUUUUCAGAGCUCAUGGCUAAGCUCAAAAUGCACAAUGGACACAUGAAGUACAUGGACUUCAUCAUGAACUUUGGGGAUCCCCGUCAGCUAGACCCAUCCCCUACCAUUUUUGAACAUCCAGGCAACCAUAAAGUCAACCCAAUCCGAGGUCUGGAAUAUGGGAUGACAGCAGUUGACAUCGAGGCAAAACUUAGGCAAAAGCUGAGAGAAAAUUUCACUGUAAGAAAAGUAAAACAUGGAUACUUAGUUCAAGAAAUAGAAUAUUGUUUCACUUCUAUUUGCAUUAUUAUUAAUUCCAUUUUCUCUUUUGAGAAACCCUUCCCAUAUUUUCCCUAUUGAGACCCCCUGCCUAUAUUUUCUCUGUUGAGAACCCCUGCCCAUAUUUUCUCUGUUGAGACCCCCUGCCCAUAUUUUCUCUGUUGAGACCCCUGCCCAUAUACAUCUCCUAAAUUAACAACCUCCUCCCUCAGUCAUUAGUGAGUAUGUAAUUUAUUGAUGACCCUUAGUGAGCUUUUGAUCAUAUGUGAUGAUCUCAGUGAUUGAUCCAAGGACAUCAUAAGGUAGAUAGUACUUCUAUUACUACUAAUAAAUCUUUAUAUUUAUAUUUACAUCUCUUGAAAGACCAUUUACUAUAAAUCAACUUAAACUAUUCUAUUUUUAAUCAAAGAUGUUUAAUGUAAACAAAACCGAGGCCCAUAGGCAGAGCUGUUGUUUGACUUUUGGAUGUCCCCUACCACUUUUCAAUUUUGUGCCCCCUUCAUUCUAAGCUGAUAGUUAAAUUUUUUUCCACAUCACAAAUUUGGGCCCCUUAUUAUCUGAAGCCUCCUGCAGCCGGAUUGGUGGGCCUACAUGACAGCUCUGUUCCUUGGUAUUUGGUAAAUGAGACUAGGAUGACCCUGACUAGAAUGACACUGACUCACUGACUAGAAUGACACUGACUAGAAUGACACUGACUAGAAUGACACUGACUAGGUUGACCCUCACUGGCUCCCUCCCUGUACAAGCAUGGAUUGACUACAAACUCUCUGUUCUCUGCCACAACUUUUUCUCGAAUUCCUGCCCUUCCUAUCUAACCGAACUUCUCUCUGUCUAUUCACCCCUUCGACAGCUUCACUCUUCCGCAGAUGCACAUAUUCUUUUUGUCCCCAAGACUCACAAAAGAACAUACUCCCCAAACAAUGGCAUUCACUUCCUCUACACAUCCACAAUAUGCCGACCAUCACAGCCUUCAAAACUGCACUCAAAACACAUCUCUUUAAACUCUACUAUCCUGACUGAUUCCCCCCUCUAAAUGAUAAAUGAUGCUGCUGUGUGCCAUCCAUGGCUUGACAUGUAAAUAGCUCUGGAAUGGGUGGAGGGAACAUAAAUUUGUUUUUUUUUAUACAGCUGUUUUUUAUUUCCAUUAAUGCAUCUUAAUUUUAAAGUUCAUCAUUAUGUUUCUUAAAUUGUAUGUACAGCACAGUGAGCUCAGCUGGGGUACUGUGUUAUAUAAAAAUACAAAUAAUAAUAAUAAUGACCCCAACUAGGAUGACUCUGACUAGGAUGACUCUGACUAGGAUGACUCUGCUGACUAGGAUGACUCUGACUUGGAUGACUCUGACUAGGAUGACGAGCUAGGUUACAUUUUUUGUGCCAUUAAAAGGGAAUGGCUCACAAUCAAUUCAAAAGGAAUAAAAUCAAAAUCUUAGAUUAAUAUUUUAGUAUAUGUUUACAAAAUUUACUGAUCCAUAAUUUGAAAGGAAUUUAACCAUCUUAUGACUAGCCAUUUAUGACCUUUUACCUUUUUUUUUUUAUUCUUAGAACCUAAGGGAAGCUUUUCACAAGUUUGAUGACAUUCACAAAGGAAGUCUUGAUAAACAGAGUUUUCGUCGCAUGCUUGACUCUUUUAUGAUCCACACAACAGAUCCUGAAUAUGAGAAACUUUGUACAACAUUGGGCAUCACAAACAACUGCCGAAUGAGUUAUGUGGAUUUCCUGGAAAGAUUUGAAUUAAAAGAUGGGCCAGAUGGUCAUAAAUGGUUGAAAUCUGUUCAUAGGUGAGUCCUAGAAAAGUUAGAUUUUGUUCAGGGGUAAUAAGGGGAGAGACUGCAAUCAGGUUAGUACAAAAUAAAAUGAGUAAAACAGAGUAUGGUUAAACCUGAAAAAUUAAACGCAACAAAACAGUGAACGUGUCGGCAGAAAGCCUUCGUCAGCGAAAACAACAGAAAAAAACGUUAUAAAAAUAAGAAAUAGCACUUAGCUGGUAAGUAGUAUCUGUGGGCAGCAAUAGAAGUGUGGCAGAAGGAAAAUGAGUGAGAGUUUAAAUAAGCAGCGGCGAAAAAAAGGGGGGAGAAAAAUGUUCACUGUGAUAGGUCAGAACGUGGAGGGGCGGAGCUAGGGUCAAGCUGUGAACAGAGACAUAACAUUAAUCCCAUCUGGCGUCAAAGUGCCGUAAGUCAGGAUAAGUCUGUGUUCCAAAUUGACCCGGCUGGCGGUGUUAGUGCUAGCCACAAUCGCACUUAUUGAAAAGUCCGCCUUGCCCCGGUGGUCGCUACUAUUGAAGUGUUUGGAGACGGGACACUGUUUAUCUUGUGUAAUGUUUCGGAGGUGUUCGGUACACCUGUCCGAGAGACGGCGUCCAGUCUCCCCUAUGUAUGUCAUCUGACAGCGGGUGCAGACAAUGGCGUAGAUAACGUUGCGGCUUGUACAGAGGAAACCGUCGCGUAUCUGAAAACUGCCCUUGGGGAAACGUAUGCGUUCAGUCUGGACGACAAAAGGGCACGUGUUGCAACGACUGCGUCCACACGGCUUGGUCCCAAAGUGGGAGGGGGGAGCAUUGAUACGACUGCGUACAAGCAGGUCUCUCAGAUUUUUAUCCCGUCUGAAAACAAUGAGAGGUGGGGAAGAGAAAAUUUCUCGUGUGUCGGUGUCUGCGAGUAGUAUAGAUCGAUGUUUAAGGAAAACACGUUUAGCAAUCAGAUUGUGAGGGUGAUAAGUUAAAAUGAGUUUUGUCCUGUCAACAUUGUCGCUCAGACGUGGUCUGAAGGCAUCAGCACGUGUAAUAUUCUUAGCCCUUUUGAGGGCUGAUGAAAGUACUGUCUCCGGGUAAGACCUACACCGGAAAAAGUCUAUCAUUUCAAGUGCCUUGUUUUUUCUGUUGUUUUCGCUGACGAAGGCUUUCUGCCGACACAUUCGCUGUUUUGUUGCGUUUAAUUUUUCAGGUUUAACCAUACUCUGUUUUACUCAUUUUAUUUUGGAUUUUGUUCACAGGUGUGUCUUACAAAGUUGAGCUGUUUAAACAUGAGUCUUACAAUGUUGAAUUCUGUUCAUAGUUGAGUCUUACAAUGUCAAAUUCUGUUCAUAGUUGAGUCUUACAAUGUUGAAUUCUGUUCCUAGUUGAGUCUUACUAUGUUGAAUUCUGUUCAUAGUUGAGUCUUACAAUGUUGAAUUCUGUUCAUAGUUGAGUCUUACAAUGUUGAAUUCUGUUCAUAGUUGAGCCUUACAACAUUGGAUUUUUUAGAAGCUUCCAAUUUCCCAUUCUCUGUCAAAUAAAUAGUGGGACAAGAUAUGUUUAUGUUUGUCUUCUCUGUCAAAUAAAUAGUGGGACAAGAUAUGUUUAUGUUUGUCUUCUCUGUCAAAUAAAUAGUGGGACAAGAUAUGUUUAUGUUUGUCUUCUCUGUCAAAUAAAUAGUGGGACAAGAUAUGUUUAUGUUUGUCUUCUCUGUCAAAUAAAUUGUGGAACAAGAUAUGUUUAGGCUUGAAAAUAAAAGACAGGACAAUAAAAGAGACAUUUCGGCCAGAUACAUUUUUAAGCAGAUAAGACACGCCUAAAUAUAUCUUGUUUCAUUAAUAAUUUACUUCAUAUAUUAUUCUCUGUAAUAGCAUAUUUAUUGAUUGAUUAUUUAUAAAAACUGGGGGGCGGGGGGGGGGGGGGGGGGGGGUGGGGGGUUGGUUUCUUUAAAAGUAUUAAUCUCAAGCAAAACUUUAUUAUUUUACUAAAACAUUUUGUAGGGAUCUUUUAUACCAAUGAAUCUCUUAUAACACUGAUGGUAGGGAUUAUUCAUGUCACUGUAAUGGUAGGAAUCUCUUAUAUCACUGGGACAGUAGAGAGCUCGUAUAUUUAUUUAUUUAUUUAUUUAGGCAUUUUUAUAAAGCGCUUAUCAUAAAGCUCUAAGCGCUUUACAAUUAUUAAAACAUGUAAACUAAGUAAAUACAAAUGAGACACUAGGAUAGUAACUACUAUUCUAUAGAAACAAUGAAAAUGGCUAUAAAACGAGGACACUUUGACACUUCAGGAUCAACCCGAAACAGAAAAUGAGGUAGGGCAAGGAGGGUGCAUCACAGGUCAUAGGCGGACCUAAACAGAUGAGUUUUAAGGGACUUUUUGAAAAUGGACGAGGUUUCACUAUGACGUAUAUGGAAGGGGAGCUGGUUCCAGAACGUGGGCCCAUGGAAGCAGAAGGAGCGUUCACCGAUGGUCUUAGUUUUAGUUCUUGGGAUUGAGAGGGUUCUACUGUCAAUGGAAGAACGUAGUUGUCUUGUGGGGAUGUAAGGAAGCAACAGUUCAGAGAGAUAGACAGGAAAGUGAGGGUCAGUGAACGAGUUGAAGCAAAGAUUGGAAGACUUGUAUUUGAUGCGAGAGGAUAUUGGAAGCCAGUGGAGUUGCCGCAUGUGUGGUUGAAUGUGGUCAUGUUUCUUUAAUUUAAAAAUGAGUCUGCAUGCUGAGUUCUGUGCCUUCUGAAGUUUUUCUAUGUGGUGUUGAGGAAUGCCUGAGAGAAGAAUGUUACAGUAGUCAAAUUUUGAAAGAAUGAGUGAAGAGACGAGAGUUUUUGUGGCAUCAAAGGAGAGGAGGUGUCUAAUGGUGCUGAUUUUUCUAAUUUCGUUAUAUGCUGAUCUGCAUAUAUUCGUGACAUGUUUGUCCAUGGAGAGGGUGUCCGUAAGCGUGACUCCAAGGUUUCUGGCAGAGGGAGAGAGUGUGAUAUCACUGUGAUGGUAAGGAUUUCUUAUAUCACUGUGAUGGUAAGGAUCUCUUAAAUCACUGAUGGUAAGAACCUCUUAUAUCACUGUGAUGGUAGGGAUUUCUCAUGUUACUGUAAUGGUAGGAAUCUAUUAUGUCACUGGGACAGUAGAGAGCUCGUAUAUCACUGUGGUUGUAAGGAUCCCUUAUAUCACUGAUGGUAAGAACCUCUUUUAUCACUGUGAUGGUGGGGAUUUCUCAUGUCACUGUAAUCGUAGGGAUUUCUCAUGUCACUUUAAUGGUAGGGAUUUCUCAUGUCACUGUGAUGGUAGGGAUUUCUCAUGUCACUGUAAUGGUAGGAAUCUCUUAAAUGACUGGGACAGUAGAGAGCUCGUAUAUCACUGUUACAAUAUGGAGCUCUUAUUGAAUUCUUGUUGAUUAUCUUGACAGAUACAAUGAAACGAUUCCCCCCAAGCCUUUGCUAGCAGCAGACGCUCACUCAUUGCUAGCACAGAAAGCUUUCCGGCAAUGGAAGGAUUUAUCAAUGGUAAAAAUGAAUUCGUGCAAAUUAACUAAAAAUUUAACUUGAUAUAAACUUUGCUUUGUUAUCAUGGAUAUUAGUGGAAUUGAGAUAUAACAUUGAGAUAUAAUAUUGAGAAAUAACAUUGAGAUAUAACAUUGAGAAAUAACAUUGAGAUAUAACAUUUGAGUCAGCAAAUUUAAUUAUCUCCUCAUUUAUCUUUAACUUUUAAUUUGUGCAAAGUUAAUUUGGUCCUCAUAAUGAGAUAACAACAACAUCUCUGGAUUACUAAUAAAUGUAGAUCAGUGGGUUUCAACUGGUGUGUCACAGCACCCUGGUGUGUUGACAUGGUUCACUCGUGUGUCACAGCACACUGGUAUGUUGAAAGUGUUGUGUACUUUGAGGGAGUCAUUAAAACCAUUGAUCCAGCAUUGGUCCGAUUUCCUUUCUGAAACCAGAAUACCAGUUAUAAUAAAUAAAAACUGAAGUAAAAAAAGGUAACAUUAUCUUAAAAUGAAAUGGACAAAAUUUAAUCCAUUUAUCCUAAUAUAAUCUAAUAUAAUCAUAAUUUCCAUGGAUUGGUUCUGCAACAAAAACAGUUUAAAAAUGUUUUAAAACACUUUUCACUGGGUAUUUAUCUCUAUCUUAUCUUUACAUCUUUUCACAGGGUAAUUAUCUCCAUCUUAUUUUCACAGGGUAAUUAUCUCAAUCUUAUUCUUAUUUUCACAUCUUUUCACAGGGUAAUUAUCUCAAUCUUAUUUUCACAUCUUUUCACAGGGUAAUUAUUUCAAUUUUAUCUUUGCAUCUCGUCGCAGGCAUUUCGCUCAAUGGACAACAAAGCAAAUGGUGUUAUAACUAGGAAAGACUUAAGAGAGACACUCAACAAAUUUGUGAUUCCCAUGCAACCAGUAGAGUUCAAGAAGCUGUGGGCAAGGUACAAUUUAACCUCAUGGCUUAUCUGAGUGUUUGGAUUUAAUAAAAACUGAAACAAUUGGAAGUUUGAUCUAAUUAUGAAUUAUAAAUUAAGCUAUGGUAGGGAUUCAUUAAAUUUGUCAUCCCAUUAAUGUGUGGCUCACUAAUAAGGGGUGAGAUUAAAGCAAUCAUUAAAAAAUUCAAUGAAAUGUUUACUCUAUAGUAACAUGAUCUACCUGAUGUUUGUAAUCCAUCUACAAAAGGCUGUCUUAAAAUUGUGUUGUUUAGAAAAAAAAUUUUUAUCAUUCAAGGUCGGUGGUGUGGGGAUGGGGGUGUUCAAAAGAUGUUUAAAUAGUCCCAGUAUCUACAUUGCAAAAUCAAAAUUGAUUUUUUUUUUAGAAUCAAAUUUUUAGGUAUUAUGUACUCAAGCAAAAAGUCAAUUUCUAUCCACCCCCUGUUAAACAUGUUGUUUUUAGGACACCCCCUGAGUAUGCAUAAAUGAUCUUUAGAUUCCCUCCCCCUUAAAAAAAACCAGUUUAGUUAAUAGAGGCUAACCGAAUUUUGGUUUCUGCACUGAAAGUUGCCACAUGAACACUUUCUGCCUAGUUUUCGUUUUAGCACUGAAAGUUGCCAUAUGAACACUUUCUGCCUAGUUUUGGUUUUAGCACUGAAAGUUGCCAUAUGAACACUUUCUGCCUAGUUUUGGUUUUAGCACUGAAAGUUACCAUAUGAACACUUUCUGCCUAGUUUUUAUUUUAGCACUGAAAGUUGCGAUAUGAAUACUUUCUGCCUAGUUUUCGUUUUAGCACUGAAAGUUGCCAUAUGAACAUUUUCUGCCUAGUUUUGGUUUUAGCACUGAAAGUUGCCAUAUGAACACUUUCUGCCUAGUUUUUGUUUUAGCACUGAAAGUUCCCAUAUGAACACUUUCUGCCUAGUUUUCGUUUUAGCACUGAAAGUUGCCAUAUGAACAUUCUCUGCCUAGUUUUCGUUUUAGCACUGAAAGUUGCCAUAUGAACAACUUUUGGUUUUGAGAGAAACAGAAAAGUUAACUAACAAUUCAUUUUCGGCUUUGGCCAAAAGUGAUUCAUGCUUUUGGCCAUCUACCAGAAGACUAACUGCCACUCUGUCAGGUUGGCUGGCAAUCCAAUAUUCAUUAUUGCUCCACAUCUUGCUGUCAUCAUAUUAUGUAUGACUAAUCCUCUGUGAACACUGCUCACAGCUGCAUGAUGACAUACUUGUCCAAGAUUUCCAAAAAUAAAAUUUCAUUUAGGCUUAGGCAAAGUUAAAUAGUUUUAUGGAAUAAAAAGUUACGGGAAUGGUAAUAUUUUUUACAUAAAAUGUGGGAACCCUAGGUUUAUUCAAUUGAUUCAUUUGGGACAUUCAAUUUUAUUUAUCAUUAUCUUGCUCAUAAAUGUUAUCAUAUGCAAAGGUGAAUAGUAUUAUCAAAAAAAAAAUCUUAUGGAAUGGUAACAUUUUCAUUGUUAUUUUUGUUUUAAAUUCUAAAAAAAAUAAAAAUUAGGGAUCCCUAGGCUUAUUCAAUUCAUUCAUUCAUUGACAAUCCUGCACCAUGUAUGCGCAAUAUGUAAAUCUUUUUGUUUUGGAUGAAAGUCUCAUUAAGCUUUUGGUUUCUGCUUCAGUUUCGACAGAAAGUCAUUUUUAACUUUCGGUUCAGUUUGGCGGAAACCAGAAAUUGACAUUUGGUCGGUCUCUCUUAGUUAUAAACAAUUAUGAUGUCACAGUAUAAAAAUGUGUCAAUGGUUUGCUCUGCUCCUGUUUGCCAUAGCCCAGUGCUUCUAAAUAUGUGCACUGCGGUUUCAUCCUCAGUUUGGGGGGCCUGGAAAUAUUGCAAAAUUUUCAUAAUUUUAUUUCCAUUUGCAAUCCUAUUUGACAGGAUAUCUCUAGCAGUACUGAUGCAAACCAGUAACUUAUUCGAGUACUUGAUUAAUUACUGUUUACUGAAGCUCUUACCAAAUUAAAUGUGGAUAGAUGUUGGUUAGAGACCUACAUAUGUGUUUUAUUCAUUUUUACCCAACCCUUGAAUUUUAAAAAUGUAUUUGCUAUUUUGAAGUGUAGCCUACUUGUUAGAAUUUGACAUAGGUCGCCUGAGAAAAACAUAUAUUUGGCAAGGGUGCCAAGAAUCAAAUAAUUCUAGGAGCCACUAGUGUAGCCAAACAAAAUAAGAUAAGAUAAGAUUCUUUUAUUGAUCCAAAUAAAUGGAAAUGUUUUUUGAUUGCAUUAUACAUUUUCAGCACAUAAGUAAAACAAUUUGAACACAAGACAUUUAUAAUAAAUUAUUUGAAACAGCCAUUCAGUGAGUUCUCUUAGCAAAAUCAGGAACUUAUUAUUUCUCAUUCAGAUGUGUGACUUCAGAGGAAGCACGCCGGUAAAUUCGUACAGAUUGGGGAACAAAAGAAUUUUUAUAUCGGUCAGUCCUCGCCCUGAUGGAAAGAAUUCAUCCCCAACGGCGCGAUCCUAAGUAUCUAGGAUGAAGAGGGUGGGAUGUAUCAUCCAAAAUGUAUUUAGUUUUGCAAAAACAUCUUUCUUCAAAUAGUUCUUCAAGUGAAGGAUGUUUAGUUUGUGUAAUGUUUCUAGCUUUCUUGAUUAGUCGGUUUAUGCGGUGUUUAAUAUCAGACGUUGAAUUCCCACACCAGCAGGUUAUACUGAAAUUAAGCAGGCUUCCAAUAGUUGCACUGUAGAAUAAGUUAACGACUUGCUUGUUUACGCCAAAAUUGUACAGUUUUUUGAGGUAGAACAUUCUUUGGUUGAAUUCCUUAUACAGGAUUUGGCCGUGCUCAUGCCAUGUUAGCAUAUUAUUAAUGGUGACACCUAAGUACUUGUACACCUCUACUUUUUCCACAUUUUGAUUUUUUAUAUUGAGAUCUGUAAUCAGGUGUUUCCCCCUACUGAAAUCAACAACCAUUUAUUUAGUUUUUGAGACAUUCAACUGGAGAAAAUUUUCAUCGCACCAAUUUAUAAAGCUUGUUACUAAGUUACAGUAUAGGCCUUCUCCUUCAGAUAUUAAGCCAACAAUCAUGGUAUCAUCAGCAAAUUUUAAGAUUGGAAUGGUGUUGCUUGAACUUUGAAUAUCAUUUGUAUAUAUUGUAUACAGUACAGGAGAGAGAACGCAGCCUUGUGAUGCCCCGGUGCUUAUUUCUCUGGUUAGAGAUACUUGGUUAUUUACUUUGAGAUAUUGUGAUCAAUUUGUUAAAAAGUUCAGUAUCCAAGCUUGAAUAUUUAAAUUGACACCUAACAAGGAAAGUUUCUUUAUCAUAAGGUGUGGCUGGAUGGUGUUAAAUGCUGAUGAGAAGUCUAAGAAAAGCACUCUGGCGUAUGUUUUAGGACUUUCUAGGUGAUGGUAAAGUCUCUCCAACAAUAGUAAGAUUGCGUCCUCCGUACUUCUUGCAGGUUUGUAAGCAAAUUGGUGGGGGUCAAGUUUUUGCUGUACUUCAUUCAAAAUUUCUUUCAGAAUUAUUUUCUCAAAACAUUUCAUGACAAUAGAGGUAAGUGCAACAGGUCGUAAGUCGUUGUUGCACGUUACCUUAAUUUUCUUUGGAUGAUUUGUAUGAUUUGAAUUGGUAUGAUUUCUGAAGUUUUCCAUAUUGCUGGUAUUGUGUGAGUUACAUAAGGUUUAUUAAAUAUGCAACAAAAAAUGUAGGAGAGCUGCUCUGAACAUAGUUUAAUGAGCCGACCACUUAAUUUGUCUGGUCCCGAGGCAUUGGCUGCGUCUACUUGGUUAAAUAAUAACAUCACUCUCUGUUCGGUAAACAAUAAACUACCAUCCUGUGUACUACUGCCAUCUUGAAAUGAAGUCAUCAUCUCAUUGUGCCCUCUUCCAAAGUCCAGGCUAUCAAAGCGACAAUAAAAUAAUUACAUCACACAAACUUAAACAAACAAAGGCAAACAGGAAGUAUGUCUAUCCCCCCCCCCCCAUGGGAGCCAGCACCCCCCUCCCUGCUAGACCCUGGUCAAUUCUGUGGGGAAUGGGUAUCCAUGUUCAAUUUGAGAGUUGGCUAUGAAAAUUAGUCAAUAAUUAGAAAACUAUUCAAUAAUAUAUUGAUAACAAAUUAUUACAAUGCUAGCUCCAUAAUUCAAACUGUCUAAUCCAGUGAGUGUUCAAAAAAUUAAUUUUUGAGGACCUUUGAUUAUUAUUUUAAUUGUAACUCAUAAAAUCCAAUGUUGGAUUAGACUAGUGGCUUCAUGGCUGUGUGGUAAAUAAAAUGUUUCAUUCUAAGACUUGUGGAUUGUGUCAUUCUAAGACUUGUGGAUUGUGUCAUUCUAAGACUUGUGGAUUGUGUCAUUCUAAGACUUGUGGAUUGUGUCAUUCUAAGACUUGUGGAUUGUGUCAUUCUAAGACUUGCGGAUUGUGUCAUUCUAAGACUCGUGGAUUGUGUCAUUCUAAGACUCGUGGAUUGUUUCAUUCUAAGACUUGUGGAUUGUUUCACUCUAAGACUUGUGGAUUGGUUUUCCUUUGCCAGCAUGAUCCAGACAAGGAAAGUUGUUUUUUGUCUCUUAACAAUUAUCCCUCUCCCCAAAACAAAAGAAAAAACAGCUUUGUAUUAUUUUGUUACUCUAAGAAAUUGAAAAGCAGACAUAAUCAGAUAGGUAGCUGCAUUCCCCCCCCCCUCAAAAAACCUGUCUAGAUACCCCUGGCAAUUGGUGAACAAAUAUAACUGUCAAUAUCUAGCGAACCAAAGCAACAGUAUGAGGAUAAUUACAAAACCUUGUAUGGUAUUUUUUAUAGCAUCAGAUAUAUAAAUAUGGUAUUUAUUGACUGUCAGAAUUUCAAGAUAACAUUGCAGAAUUCUUUAAUAAUUAUGUGUACUUUCUGCUGAGAUUCCCAACCCCACCCCAAAAUCUCCAAAAUCAAACACAAACCCCCCCCCCCCCCCCCCAACACUCAAUAAAUACAUAAUAGGUGAAUGGCCGGUAAUAACAUUUCAAAAAACAUGUUCAAGGAUUAUAAAAAAUAAUUUCACUGUUCUAUGAUAAAAAGAAUAACAGGUUCACUUUUUAAGUUAACUAUCUUCAACAGGUUAGACACUGACAACCAAGGUUUUAUAUCCCACCAAAACUUUGUGCAAAGACUUGGGGCAUCAGAGUAUGCUUCAGGGGAUAAUACUGGUACUAGUCAUGACAUCAUUGAUGGCAGCUGUUGCUCUUUGGAGGAUCACAUAAGAAGGCAGCAGGAGAAGCAUGAAGACAUUACCUGGCACCAGGCCAAUCUGACCAAAAACAUGCCAACUGCGAUGGUGGAGAGAUAUUUAAGGUAAAAAAAAAAUUAAGUAAGUUAAUUUGAACAUUCAGAUUGUAAAAUCUGUCACAAAAAUUAAUUACCAUAAUGCAACAUUAACAUGUCGGAAAAUAUCUGAUCUGUAAGUUACAUUGUUGUGUUACUUUUUUGCUUUGUCCUACAUUUGUGCAUUACACCUAUGUGUGUAAAAUAGUAUAGUUGAACAUUCUAUUAAUAAAUUUUAUAGUCAUGUAAACAUGAACUGCACAAUGGUUAUGUUGUUUUUUUUCAUGACCUUUUCUCAGGGACAAGAUCAGAGAUGGGUACACAGACUUCUUCAGUGCUUUCUCCAAGUUUGAUACCCAAAAAUGUGGUUCUCUGUCAGCAAGUGAUAUACAGAAAGUUUUGAGUGAACAGAAUCUCUUCAUUGACGAUGAGCAGUUUUUUACUCUCUUGGACAGGUUACUUACAUUCUUCACUCUCAUUGACAGAUAUAUUACAUUUUUUACUCUCCAUGUCAGAUGACUUACAUUUGUUACUCUCAUUGACAGAUGCCUUAAAUUAUUCACUUGCAUGGAGAGAUGUAUUAAAUUCUUUAUUCUAAUGGAAAUGUGUCUUAAAUUAGUUAUUCUAAUGGAAAGGUGUCUUAAAUUCUUUUCUCUCAUGGCGUAAUGUCUUGUAGUCUUUACUCUCAUUGACAGAUUUCUUAAAUUAUUUACGCUCAUAGAGAGAUGUCUUAAAUUCUUUACUCUCAUGGAGAGAUGUCUUAAAUUCUUCACUCUCAUGGAGAGAUGUCUUAUAGUCUUUACUCUCAUUGAUGGAUGUCUUAAAUUAUUUACUCUCUCGUAAAAAUGUCUUAUAGUCUUUACUCUCAUGGAGAGAUGUAUUAAAUUGUUUAUUCUAAUGGAAAAUUAAAAAUUAUCAUGGGCCCCAGUCCACCUGCCUUAGUGAAAGAUAGUUUCAAUAGUUAUAUUAAAAUGGUAACAUUUUUAAAAUUUAAUUGUUACAGAAAAGUGUGAUUUAAUUGUGUACACAAUACUUAUUGAUGAGUAUAUUUUCAUUUCAAAACUAUGUGUCUCUAAUUUACUUUGGAAAUAAUGAACACUAAUAUAUCAAUGUCAUGUAGACUUUUUUAAUUAUUAAAAUGAAAAAAUGAAUUUUUUUUUUUACAGAAUAGGCCUAGGAACAUCCAAAAGUCGAAUUAAUUAUGAAGAUUUCUUGAAUGCAUUUGAAGAUGGGCGCAAAUCCAGCUAUGGAAAUCAGCUUCAAGACUUAAGCAUUGAAGCAUAUCACAAACUUACACCAGAGGAAGCUGAGAAAAAACUUAAACAUAAGCUUAAAAAAAACAUUGAGGAUAUUACAAAGGUUUGGACAAACAAAUUUUACAUGACUUCAGACAUAUAUAGAUUACAAACAUUCUCAUAUAUUUUUAUUUAUCAAUACAUUAAACAACAUCUGCUGAGAUUGUAUCCUCCAUCUCCACACAAUAAACCUAUGUAAAAAACUACUGGAUCCAAUAGAUUAGUUGUCUGUAAGUAAACAACUACUGUAUCCAAUGGAUUAGUUGUCCUGCCAUAAGGUUGCAGGACAAAGUCCCUUAUACAGAAGUCCCACAACAGGCUGACAGGACAAAAUCCUUGAUACAGAAGUCCUACAACUGGCUGACAGGACAAAGUCCCUUAUUCAUAUGUCCUACAACAGGCUGACAGGACAAAGUCCCUGAUACGGAAGUCCCACAACAGGCUGACUUUAUCAAAAUUCACAUGUUCCUGCAAAAAAGACAAGCCAGAUGGGCAGGGCAUGUUGCGAGAAUUCCAGAUAGCAGACUCCCUAAACAGCUAAUGUUCUGUGAAUUCUCUAAGGGAAACACUCAUCUGGUGGGUAGAAAAAGUGCUUUAAGGGCUGUAUAAAAGAAUCACUCAAAUUCAUGAACAUCAACCUAAAUUUGUCGGAAAUACCUGCCUUAGAUCAUACCAGCUGGGGAGGCACACUUCCUAUAUGAGCCUAAUUCUCAGAGAGUAAACGCACUGCUCACACUCAAAGGGAGGGUGCAGCAAGGAAAAUUAGAAUCAACUUCAUCCAACUCGGACCCCAAAGCAUGUGAGGCCCAUUUGUAGGAAAGCUUUCCAGGCACAAAUAGGACUGGCAAGACACCUGCCUUCUCUCCGUUGAAAAUAGCCUUGGUCAUCUGCCAAGACACCUGCCUUCUCACUGUUGAAUAUAGCCUUGGUCAUCUUGACAGGACACCUGCCUUCUCUCCGCUGAGGUCACUUUGGCAGGACACCUGCCCUCUCACCGUUGAAAAUAGCCUUGGUCAUCUUUGCAAUGUAAGGAAAAACAACAAUAGUUGUCUGAAAUUGUUCUUGGCAUGCCAAAGUUUUCUACCCGUCUAUUGAUUACACAAAGUUCUGUCAACUAAUAAAAAACAAUAUUUAUGAACUAUGCAAAUAUUAAUAACUAUACUUUUUAAAAGAUUCUGCUGUAAUAAAUGUACAGCCAAAGGGCAUACAAAAAUAUUGGUUGGUGUUUUCAAGUUCAAGGUUUUGGUUCUCAAUAAAUGCUGUAAGUUUCUCAACUGUAACAAAAAUAUAAUUGUUUUGUUGAAGUGUUAGGUGUUUUUGAUUUUAGAAAAUUUAAAAUUAGUUGUUUUUUUUUUAAAUCUUAAUCUCAAAGUUUCUUUAACUUUUGAAAUAUUUGUUUCUAUAUAUCUAAUUAAAAGCGUGCCUUAGCUGAGAGUUUUAAACAGAGAACAUGGUAUUUCAAUGCCCAGAUCUAACUACAUCAUUUUUUAGCUGAUGGUCAUCCGAUUUCAAUCUGCCGCAAAACUGUAUUCUAUUCCAGACACUUUUUGGGAACAAUACAUUUUUAUUUUUUAUCAAAGCAAAGGCAAAAAUGUGUAUUUGGUCUUAAUUUAUUUAUUUUUUUCAAAUUAGGCGUUGGCAGCGUUUGAUAAAGAACAGUGUGGAAAGGUGGCAGUCUCUGACUUUCACCGUGUCCUAGAUUUAUUCUGCUUUGUUAUGACUAAACCCCAGUGGAAACUCAUCAAAGCUGGCCUUAACAUAGACUCCGAAAUGUUCGUCCACUACAAUGAUUACUUGUCAGAACUCUUGACUGGAGAUGUAAGUGAGACCUCUAUCUCUAUAAUAUUUGUUUGAAGCCAAGGAUGGCACAAAACACAUGCAGUUGUACCUCCAUAUUACUUGUUCUUAUCCAAGGCUUGCAAAAGUCAUAAACUGUUAUCGGGGCCUAUUUACCAUAGUGGGGGCCCUGGGCUUAGUAAUGUACCGAGCCCCCUUACCCUCAGCAUACACAGGGACAUGUUAAGAAGGGAAUGAGAGGGUCAAUAACCAAUGGUACCAAUAUCUGAGGUUGGCAAAAUCAUCUUAAGAGAGGCCCUUAUAGUGAAUUAAAUGAUAAAAUCUGAUGUAUUUCACAUAGGAGCAGCAAAAUCGACUUUAUACUGCGCCCUGUGCGCCACUUUCCUGGGAAUGGCUGUAUGUAGCCUACUAUUUAAUUAAUGUUAUGAAAAGCAUUAUGGCAUAGGUUGGCCUAAGCCUUUUGACCAGUUUCUUUCAGGCAAUUUUUCCAUAAUGAGGUGGAGACAAGGCAUCUUUUAGUACCGAAAUUAGACAUUUUGAUGCCCAGGGCCAGCCCUGACUUCUUCGCCACUGCCAUACAUAACCAUACAUCCAUUCUGAUAGUAGAGCCACCUGAGGGUAUGCUUUAAGCCCCAGCCUAGUUUCGUCCCUAGAAUCUUUAUAGCCCAACUACUUAUACAAAACUAAAGGAAAAUCAUAAUUUUGUCAGUUCAAACAAAUCAUUAAAUUUACUUACAUUUAUAUCCAGCGCUUAUUUUUUAAAUAUUAAAAUGUGUCAGUACUGUUACUUUAAUUGGGGAGGGAGAUGAAAUCAAAGGGCACCAAUCGAAACUAGGGGUAAGGUUUAGAGAGAGGUUUCAGUAAGCCCUUCUGCAUAAAAUUUUGAUAAAUUCAAAAUGUUAGGAUGCAUUUUGGCACAUAUUUGAAUUUAGUUUUCCAUCAUUCUACACAUAAUUGGCUAGUAACAGAACAGAUGCUAGUUGAAAUUUAGGUUCCCUUGACCAUGAAUGGGCUACACAAUUCCUUUUAUUUUUAGUUGUAUCUAAAUAAUAAUUUUAUUUCAUAAUUUUAUUUGAAACUCUUUAUUUCUUUAAUCGAAUUCAUCAAAGAAUUAGUUUUUGUAAGUAAAAUAAAAAAGUCCAUUCCAUACAGUUGAUUAGUAAUUUUUUUAAUGGAGGAACAAUCUAUUAGUAUGUUGGUAUAAUAAUUAUCAUUUUAGAUUUAAUUUAAAACUUAAGGUGGUUUUUCCAAAAUUGACAGUAACAAAAAAUUAGAAAAAAUAUUGUUUUGUAGAAAAGGUUUAUAAAUUUUACAUGGCUGUUUGAAACGGGUCAUUUUAAAAAUAAAUUAUAUCUAAACGAUAUAAAAAAGAAGAAAGGAAAUAUUUAAAAAACAUGUGAUAUAUUUAAUAAUAUGUAAUUAUCUGAGGGAAAAUGAGAGUGAAAAUUUACAAAGAAAUGCAGUGCCUUUAAAAGUUUAUUUGGAAUUUCUAACUAAUAUCUGUAUCUUUAUUUUAAUUACUAAAGAAUGAAAGUUUGGUGCCUUUUGUAAGACUCUUUGAUUUACCCCCCACCCAUCCCCACCACCCCCCUACUAGGAAAAUAAUUAAUGGAUUUUUUUCAAAUUGAUAAUUUCUCAAAAGAUACUCUUUCUAAAGGUAGUUCCAAAAAAUGGAAUUGAUAUGAGAAUUGAAAAACUUGCUUAAAUAAACUGGAGAAACGGUCUUGCUGCUUUCAUUUUUUUUUAAAAACAUAUAUUGCCAAAAAUAUUUCAAUAUUCACUAAUAAUAUUGGCAGCAUAAUGCCCUAGAACCGUGAGGCCCAACAGAAGCAUGACGCCCCCUAUAAACGUGAGAUUUCUGGCCAGUGCCCAGUGGGCCCAUGCCUUAAGAUGGCACAAAACACAUGCUCUUGUUCAUUAAACACAUGCUCUUGUCCAUCAGUUCAGAAGAGUUUAAUAAUAUUGACAUGUUUGUAUUGGGUACAUCUAAUUUUGGACUAAAAAAUUUACUAUCAAAGGCAAGAAUAAUUUAGAUGUAUAUGUUUAAAAAUAGAACUUAAAUUGUUUUAAUAUAAGAUGUGAUCAUAUUUUUCCUUACAGAUGGCCAUACAUGACCAGUACAUCCAGUCUGUAGAGAAUGCAUUCUUGGCAGGCACGCCAAACACUUUAGACUCAGUGGAUCAGGCCACUGAGAGAAUUCAUGAGGCGGUUGUUUCCCAUUAUCACAAGAUUCUGAGAGACUUUGAAAGUUUUGAUGUCGCUCAAAUUGGAUCUGUUACUGCAGAAGAAUUCAAGCAAGUGAUUGCCAGAUAUGCUGUGAUAAUGAAUGAUGAACAGGUAACGAUAUUAACAAUCGUGAAUUUAAAAAUUAUCAGUUGGCCUACUUUAUCAUAUCAUAUAUAUAUAAAAGUGAAUGUUUGUGGCGGUGUUUGUGGGUUUGUUCCACAAAGGCUUUUAUAUGGAUUGAUGGAUCUUGACCAAACUUUGCACAUAUAUCUAUCAUGAUCCAGAAAGAACUCUUAAGGGGCUAUGAACUUUUUAUAACAUUUCAUUUGGGGCCAGGGGCCCAAAAUGUUGUUUUUUUCGUAUAUGAACUAUAUAAAAAUAAUUAGAAACAAAGACUCCCACACGAAUGGAUGGUGAUCUUGACCAAACUUAGAUCACAUACUCUUUAUUAUCCAUACUCAAAUACCGAAGGGUACUGAACUAAUAAUAUCCAUUCUUUUGGGGCCGGGGGCCAAUUUCAUUUUUCCUUAAAUAAGCUAUAUAAAUAUCAAAAAGCUUAAUACUCCUACAUGAAUAUAUGGAUCUUGACCAAACUUAGUACACAUACACUUAAUUGACCAUAUUUAAAUACUGAAGAACACUGAACUCAUAAUAUCCAUUAUUCUGGGGCCGCGGCCCCAUUUCUUUUUUUCUUAUAUAAGCUAUAUAAAUAUCAAUAAGAUUAAACAACAUAAUAGGUUCUAUGACAAAUGAUGGAUAUAAGCCUAGCAUGGUAGCAAUAACCUUCAUUGUCCAUAUUGAAAUAUUGGUGGAUUUAAAACUUAGAAUAUCCAAUCCAUGCAGGCCGAUCUAGAAUUUUCCAGAAAGUUCGAUAAUUUUAAAAAGCUAUAUCUAUGGCAUUUUUAAGUAGAUUUUAAUGGGACCAAUUUUAAAUUUAACUCUAUUUUUUAUCCAUCUGAUAUUUUUAGUGCCCCUUAUCUCAGGCAUAACUAAAUCGGUACAGUUAUGGAAUGGGCCCCCCUGGGCCCCUUGAUUAACUUAAAAGAAAAAGGAUUAUAUUUAUUGCAAUUGUUGAAGAUUUUUGUCGUAUUUAAAAAAAAUAAUUAGAAAAGUAGUUUUUACACAUGUUUCGAGCAGGUUAUUAAAUUUAAUCUAUAAUAUUCCAGAAAAGUCUAAAUUGUUACAAGGAGAAAUAUAGUGGGAUCUAAGGGAUUAUUGAAAUGUUAGUGAGCUCUAUUCAUUUCUAUACUGCCCCGGAGUUUACUGUCAUCUCAGUUACACAGAAGAAUUUUUUGAUAGGGGAUCCCAAAUGGGUCGGGAUCCCAUCAUAAUCUUUAUCCCAAUGGGAUCAGGAUCCCACCAGAAAAUGGGCUCCCACCGGGAUCGGGAUCCUAACCUUGAAUGGAUCCACAAGGAUCGGGAUUACAUCGGGAAAUGGGACUUAGCUGGGAUCGAUGUAAGAAUGGGAUUAAGGUCCCAGUGGCAUCGGGGUCCCAAUGGGAUCAGGGUCACACCCGGAUGGGGUCCUAAUGCAAUCCGGGCACCGCCGGGUAUAUCGGCUAAUAUAUAUAUAUAAAAGUGAAUGUUUGUGGCGGUGUCUGUUUGUUCCACAAAGAUUUUUAUAUGGAUUUAUGGAUCUUAACCAAACUUGGCACAUAUAUCCAUCAUGAUCCAGAAGGAACUCUUAAUGGGUUAUGAAGUUUUUAUAACAUUCCGUUUGGGACCGAGGGCCCCAUAUUCGUAUUUUUCCUUAUAUGAGCUAUAUAAAAAUAAUUAGAAACAAAUACUCCUACAUGAGUAGAUGGAUCUUGACCAAACUUAGUACACAUAUACUUUAUUAUCCAUGUUCAAAUACCAAAGGUUACUGAACUCAUAAUAUCCAUUUCUCUAGGGCCGGGGGCCCCAGUUCAUUUUUCCUUAUAUAAGCUAUAUAAAUAUCAAUAAGCUUAGACAACACUAUAGGUUAUAUGUGCAUUGAUGGAUAUAGGCCUAGCUUUGUAGCAAUACCUUCCAUUGUCCGUUUUGAAAUAUUGGUGGAUUUAAAACUAAUAAUAUCCAUUCUAGAACGAUAAUUUUAAAAAGCUAUAUCUAUGGCAUUUUAAAGUAGAUUUUAAUGGGACAAAUUAUAAAUUUUAACUCUAUUAUUUAUCCGACUGAUUUUUAUAGGGCCCCUUAUCUCAGGCAUAACUAAAUUGAUACAGUUAUGAAAUGGGCCCCUGGGGCCCCUCAGUAAACUUAAAAGAAAAAGGGUUAUAAUUAUGGAAUUUGUUGAAGAUUUUUAUUGUAUUUGAAAAAUAAUUAGAUAAGUAGUUUUUAAACAUGUUUCGAGCAGGUUAUUAAAUUUAAUCUAGAAUUUUCCAGAAAGUUCUAAAUUGUUCCAAGGGGAUAUAUAGUGGGAUCUAAAGGAUAAUGAAAUUUUAGUUAGUUCAAUUCAUUUCUAUACUGCCCUGGAGUUUACUGUUCUCUCAGUACCACUUAAGAAUUUUUUUAUACGGAAUCCCAAAUGGGUUGGGAUCACAUCAUAAUCUUUAUCCCAACUGGAUCAGGAUCUCAUCAGAAAAUGGGCUCCCAUCGGGAUCGGGAUCCUUACCUUAAAUGGAUCUACCGGGAUUGGGAUCACACCGGGAAAUGGGACUGCACUGAGAUCGGUAUCAGAAUGGGAUUGGGGUCCCAAUACGAUCGGGGGGGUCAAACCAGGAUGGGGUCCUAAUGCAAUCCUGGGUCACGCCGGGUAUAUAGGCUAGUUAUUAAAUAUUAUUUUGGUGUGCUAUUUUGUUUCAAAGUGUGAAAGGCUUAUUGCCAAUUUUCCACCUGAUCCCAUCCUAGAUUUGAACUUUGUGGUUUAUAGCUGUAAAUAUUGUUUUCCAGUUCAACAAGCUCUGGGGAGUGUCUCCUGUUAAUGAGUUUGGCAAUGUGGAUUACAAGCAAUUCUUGAAACUUUUCUCUGAAGGCAUGCCAAUUCUUCUAAACUCAAACCCACAGACUCUAAUUCCUGGUGCACCAACUAACUAUAUACUGGAAGAUCCUUCCACACCAUCCACAUCCAGACCCCUAACCAGGGUAGGUUAUAUUUUAUUCUAACCAAGGCAGUUUCCAUUCUAUUAAAUACAUGUUAUGUUACAUUCUAUGAUAGGCAUAGUUGGUUAUAUUCUAUUAUACUCAGGGUUAUAUUCUAUUAUAUACAUUGUAGGUUAAAUUCUAUUAUAUACAUGGCAGGUUAAAUUCUAUUAUAUACCGGUACAUGGUAGUUAUAUUCUAUAAUGGACAUCGUAGGUUACAUUCUCUUAUACUUAUAUACAUGGUAGGUUAUAUUCUAUUAUAUCCUGGGUAGGUUAUAUUAUAUCUAGAGUAGGUUAUAUUCUAUUUUAUUUUCAGCAACGCUUGAUUUCAAAAUAUUUCCCUUACCAGGCACUGUAAUAAAAUGCAAAUUAGCUUAAUUAUUUUUUGGGUCUUCAUCUUCCAGCACUCCUGACACUGCUUCUGCACAUGGGGUCUGGGCACCCCUGGUUAAGUAACCCUGUUCUUCUCUAACCAGGGCAGGUUACAUUCUAUUAUAUCCAAGUGAGGUUACAUUCUAUUAUAUCCAGGGCAGGUUACAUUCUAUCAUAACCGAGGGAGGUUACAUUCUAUUAUAUCCAGGGCAGGUUACAUUCUAUCAUAACCGAGGGAGGUUACAUUCUAUUAUAUCCAGGGCAGGUUAAAAUCUCUUUCAUCUAAGGAGGUUACAUUCUAUUAUAUCCAGGGUAUGCUAUAUUCUAUUAAAUCCAGGGUAGGUUAUUAAAUAUGAUAUGCAGGGUUAUAUUCUAUUCUAACCAGGACUCUCAAAAGUACAGGACGCCCAUUGCUCUAGAUCAGCAUUUCCCAUACUUUUCAGUUUGGAAAAGUUUCAAAAUUACACUAUGGACUGCUGCCAAAUUUAAUAAUUAUAUUUUCUUUUUAUUUGACCAAAAAUAUUCAUGUUGUGCUGACCGAUUCCAGUCCAUGGAUCACCAUUUGGAGAAUGCUGCUCUAGAUCAGCAUGCCCUUAAAUGGUGGUCUGCAGACCAGCGGCACUCCGUGAAUCUUACAUUAGCUAACUGCACAAAAGUAGUCAAGAGCUUAAGUUAGAAAUAUGUCAAAAACUGCUAUUGAAUAUUUUUAUUUUAUAACAGCCAUUACAAAAAAACAAAAUUAAAAAAAUAUUUGUUCAGGCUAACUUGUCCACUGGUGGAACAGAAAACUUUUCCAUUGGUGCAAUAGGAAACUUGUCCACCAGUCCCUGGUACAAUAGGAAAUGUGUCCACCAGCCCCUGGUACAAUAGGAAAUGUGUCCACCAGUCCCUGGUGCAACAGAAAUCUUGUUUCCAUGUGCAAUAGGAAACUUGUCCACCAAAAUUAAACAUUUGGGAAACGCUGCUCUAGAUCAUACAGGAUGACUUGUGCCCUUAAACUUGCUGGAUGCUUUGUGACCUAAAUUAUGCUGGAUGUACUAUGUCCUAAUAUAUGCUAGAUGCACUAUGUCCUAAUAUAUGCUAGAUGCACUAUGCCCUAAUAUAUUCUGGAUGCACUAUGUCCUAAUUUAUGCUGGAUGCACUAUGUCCUAAUAUAUGCUGGGUGCACUAUGCCCUAAUAUAUGCUGGAUGCACUAUGCCCUAAUAUAUUCUGGAUGCACUAUGCCCUAAAUUAUGCUGGAUGCACUUUGUCAUAAUUUAUGCUAGAUGCACUAUGCUCUAAUUUAUGCUGGAUGCACUGUGCCCCAAUUUAUGCUGGAUGCAAUAUGCCAUAACUUAUGCUUGAUGCACUAUGUCCUAAUUUAUUCUGGUUGUACUGGGCUCUUAAAAUGCUAGUUUUACUGAGCCUUAAAAUGCUGGUUGUACUGGGCCCUUAAAAUCCUUUUUUAAAAGGAAAAAGGUUAGUUGCACACAUAAAAUCAAUAGAUUUGAAGUUUUCAGCAAUAUUUUAAGCUUAUGUUUUUUAUCGUAUACAUUCACUACAGUACCGGUAUUGUCCUUUUUUCCAGGUAAGUAGUCGACCAUUUUCACGAUUAACCCAUGUAAGUUCACGAUCAGCAUCACGAACCUCAACUCCAAUGGUUAAUGCAGAAAAUGCAGAAAUGAUGAUCAAAGACAUAGUAUUACAACACUGGCAGAGUAUGCAGAAGCGGUUUAGAGAAAUGGAUGUUGAUAACUCUGGGGCAAUAAGUGUGGCUCAGUUUAAACGUAAGAUAUGGAUAACUAUUUUGCAAUAAAUUUGUCCCAGUUUCACUUAAGGCAGUGGUUCUUAACCUUGUUGGAGGUACUGAACUCCACCAGUUUUAUAUGCGCAUUCUCCGAAGCCUUGUUAAUAGGAAAAAUAAAAUAUGAUUUUUUUCUGAUUUUUUUUUUGGGACCUCCGCCGAACCCCUGACACUGAACCCAGGGAAAGAACCACUGACUUAAGGAUUAUAAACAAUAAUCUGAUUUCACCUUAUUUGUUUCAGUAUCAAUAACUUGUUGUUGAUUUCCCUUUAUGAUUAUGUGUUUCAAUAUCAAUAAGUUGUUGAUGAUUUCCCUUUAUGUGUUUCAAUAUCAAUAACUUGUUGUUGAUUUCCUCUUAUUUGUUUCAAUAUCAAUGACUUACAUCAUAUAUCUCAGGUUUCCUACCACUUACGUGGAAAAUAGUUUGACCAUUGUUGACAAGGGAAAGUAUAUUUUCAUAAUAGUUUGACUAUUGUGAACAAGGGGAAGUCUACUUUAACUGAUAUAUAAAAAAUAUUAAAAUCAUAAGUAGGACUUAAUAAUUUGCUGCCAACUGUUUCUUAAUAUCAAUGGCUAUAAAAUUCUUAUAAUUCAAAUAGUCAGAACAGCACUGGUGAUGGGCCUAAGAAAUUACCACCAGCUCCUGAACACAAAAAAAUGUGGUUGAUUUGAUUGGCUGCUAAUGGAAUAGACUGAGACAGAUUGCCAAUUAUUGCACAAGUAGAAAAUGCUGAUAUUUUAAGUUCUGAAUGGUUGGAAAAGACAAGGAUGUCAGCCAGUUACCUAAAAUAUUAAUAUGGCAAUUAUAAAUUAAUCAGUUACUUCUAUACGAUAUUGCCAAAGAGGAGCAUUUGGCUCAACGUAAAGAUGAAAAAACGAGCAAUAUAUUUACUAACUAUAAUAUUUAGACCUUAUCAAUUCUUUAAUAAAUUCUGCAAUACAAAAUUGACUCUAGUCAUAGAUGUUGAUUGUUAUUAUUAUAGAUUAAAAAUUGAUAAAAAUUGAUUGGGGGGGGGGGGGGGGGGGGGGGGGGGUGCUUGGUGCUGGGGGCUUUAGUUAAGGUUUACCACUGCAAGGGAUAAUGAUUUUGAGUACAAAAAUAAUUAUUCAUUAUUUCUACCUGGUAACAAUUUGGGCAAGAUUUGAGUUAUCAUUUUUUUUUUAAAGUUUGUAAUGGGGACCUAUAGUUGGAUAUUAAUGGGUCAAGAAUAUUCCACAAUGGUUUCACAUUGUUACAGCUAAUGUCCAAUCUCUCUUUUUUUUUCAGAUUUGCUAAGCCAGUAUGGGCUUGUCUUGUCUCCUGCAGAAUUUCAAGACCUAGUAACAAAAUAUGAUAUCCAUGAGAACGGAACAUUUUGCUAUAGCAAUUUUAUGCGCCAUUUUGUCUUGACUGUUAAGUCUUCUAAAGGCAGAGCACUGACUACUAGAGAAAGGGCACCAAGUAAACACCUUUAUGUAGGUACAGAUUUUCUUUGGAAAUUCAAGCAGAUUUUGACAGUCUUUCUUAUAAUAACACAACUGUUUGUCAUCUGGGGUAAGGUGGGAAAAAAGGUUUGUGGAGGAUGAAUUACCAGUAAUGUUGCUACUAAAAGGAAAUAGUAGAACAACAUAUGUGGAGGCUUGAAGUGAAAUACAGGACAAAACUUUUCAGCAAUGAGCCUUCCUCUUUACUUGUUGCUAAAAAUCCACCCAAAAUCUUUGGAAAUCUUAUUCAGGAUGUUUCAUCUACCCAAAUAUGUAUUGGUUUAGCUGAGUUACUAGGCCUGCUACUCUGAGGCCCACCUUCGUGCUGGACUGUGGCUCACCUUCCUGCUUUUAUGCACCCCACCUUCCACUGAAGCAUAGUGGCAUAAAUGGUGAGAACCAUGGCAGUAUGAAAGAUGGGCCAUAAAAGCUUAGGCUUAGGAUGCUAUUUUCCUAAAGGUGGGGGCCACUAUGAUUACAGCUAACCACAUGUGGAUUUCAGGUGUGUACUGGCGGCAUGCUACCAAUGAUACCAGCUACAUACGGUUAAAUAAUAAAAGCAUUCAAUGAACUUUAAGAUACCUGGCGUCAAGGCUGGGUUAGAGGUGAAUGUAGCAUAGAACCAAGUAUUUGGUGAUGUCACUUAACACACAUCACAAUAAAAAAAAAAGAAACCUUUGAGAAAGUGGUUACAUCUAAUUACCUAGGAACUACCAUAAAUACCAUAAAGACCUGUGUAAAGGAAAGGAUAACAGCAAGCAACCGUUCAUAUUUCAGUCUAAAAAAAAUACAUAGUACUAGUGGUAGUACUAGGAAAAAAAAGAAAAUCAUGCACCUCAAUAUUAUAAGACUAGUACCCGGUAGUGAUGUAUGCAAAGUAAACAAUGAAACAAGGCAGGACACCCCAAGAGGAUCCCAGAUCACAGAGGGGCAAAAGUGGUUUACAGACAGUAACCUAGGGGCAUAUGGAUCAUAGGUAGACCAAGACUCAGAUGUUUGAUUUGGAUUAUGUAAAUUUACAUCAGAUUGGGGUCCGCAUAUGGGAUAAAAAGCCAUUGUUCAGUCUGAAAGAAAAGAUGUGGUUCACAAAUUCAGACAAAAGAUGUGGUCCACAUAUUGAGACAAAAAGCUAUUGUUCAGUUUGAAUAAGAGGAUGUUGUGGAGCAUCCAGAGGCCUACAUGAGCUGUAGAGGCAUUUAUUAUGAUGUGAAAAUCUUUGCAUCACUUUGGAUUUUAAAGUUGAAGUGGAUAUUCUGAUGUGAAACUUAGCAUUUAUAAUUAUGAAUAGGUCACAGUUUUUAAAGAAAAUUUUUUAUAAAAAUCAGGGAGUGACCUAUUCACUUGACAUCGUAAUGAUCUGUAGUAGACUGCAUAUCUGUAGACAAGAUGUGUACUCUGGGUUCCAGCAUAAUCGACAGCAGGGGAAAAAUAAUAAUUUUCCCAGACAUAUUGAUUUUACCCAAUCGCUUCUUCCAACAGUACCGCACAACACAUCGAAUUAAAACGCUUGACCUGCACUGAACUUGUUUACCAUUUAUUUUCAAGUAAUUUUAGAACUGAAGCAAUUAUUCAAAUUUUUUUUAAACAGAACAGCUCCACCCUUGAUAAGGAAUUACCAUGCUAUUGCAACCAAUAACUAUUGGACUUAAUUGUUAUUCACUGUGAGGUACUCACUGGUAGUCAUUUUUAGGAAAAGUGGCAAAAUUGCUUUCUCCCUUUAAUCUCAAGGAAAAUCAGUUUUUGAUGUUAAUAAAAGAUCAAUUAAAGUUGUAAUGGAAAAUUUUUGUGAUGUCUGUUAAAAAAAUAUUUUUUAUAUUAGUAUUAUGUUAAAAAAGAGCCAUGUAACUUGUAACUCCACAAAGUAAGGUUGUGACCUAACUGUGAGUGAACAGCAAAUAACCACUUUAACAACCCCAAACUAAGAGUGGGUGCAACCUGUGAACUGAUGCGACAGAUAUUGGUAUGCAAAUAUAUCCAGUGUGAUUUUAAAUAAAUAAUCAUUGACAUAAGGACUAUUGAUUUUUUUACUACCUGUAUUUAAAUGGGUUUUUUCAUUCUUAUACUUACAGCAGCUACAUAAUUCUUCUAUACAAGAGGAGGAUGAAAAAGAUGAUGCAUUAAGGAGAACCCAAGAAUGCAUCCGCCAAAAGUGGAAGGAGAUGAGACGAGCAUUCAGAAAUAUUGACAGCAAGUCUCAAGGUGUGAUUCCUACAGAUGAUUUUCGCAAAGUUUUACGACAGUUUAAUAUAAAUUUAACAGAGAACGAAUUCCAAGAAAUGCAGGGAAAAUAUGACAAGAACUUAACAAAUUGGCUUAACUAUAAUGACUUUCUAAAAGAUCAUUUAUUAAGUGAAGUUUAAAGUAUAAUUUGUAUGAUAUUGUCUACCGUACCAGUAUAUCUUUCCCAGAACUAUUUAUGAAUGUGUAAACAAUGUCUCAAUUAAUUUUAUUCUACAAUACUGUAAUGAAUACCAUUACUUACUACAUACCACUACUAAUAUAGUGCUAAUAUUCCAAAACAAUUCCAGUUCCAGCCCCUUUUUCAAUUAAGAGCUACUGGUAAUUACCUGUAUUAAUCACUCUAUUACUAGUAUAUUAAUUAGCUAAGCAGAGUGAAUUGUAAAUUACAGUUUAAUUUCAGCUGCAUUGCAUUUUCAUUUAUUCAUUGUCAUUUGACUUAAAUUUAAUGUUCAAUUACAAUAUUAGUAAUAGUAAUAUACACUGUAAAAUCUGUCACUUGCUUUAAGAAUUACCGGUUUCAUAAUUUUAAGGGUUAAAAUUGAAACAAGGACAAUUGUACAGCACAGUCUUAAAAUUUAAAAGCCACAGUUGGAUUGACAUCAUUAUUAUUAUUAUAUCAAGACAGCACAAACUUUUAAUACGGUACCAAUACUGGUACUAGUAGUUGUAGAGUAGUUGUACAACCAUGGCAUAUAAUUGCAGCUUUUAGCAGUGUGCCCCUCUCUUCUCACCAACAGUCACUUUAUUAUGGGGCAAAAACAGCGAUCAUCAGGGAAACUGUUUUGUUUCUCUAUGCCACAGCUAAAUUCACUUUCAACAAGCUGUCAAAUUCUAAAAAAUAAUUCUGUAUGGUGAAUAUUUUGAUAACUGAUCCACCCGUACUCUAUUAUAUUUAAAUAUGGUAACUGAAUUAUUGUGUAUUCUUCCUUUAAUUUUUAAGGUACCGGUACGGUAUUAAAAAUACUAUAUGAUAACUCUAUUCACUAUACCGUACUUUAUUAUUUGCUAUACUAUUAUUAUAAAGUAUAAUAAAUAAGUGUUAAGUGUAAGUGUAAAUUGAACAGUUUCAAAAGAUCUUACAAAUUUAUAUAUGUUCAAUACAUUCGAUACCAGAACAGUACUUCCUAUGAUACAGGUACUAAUAAUAAUAAUAUUCCAUAAAGCAUACAUUUAAAAAAAUGUCAACCGAUUCAUUUGCCUGUUAAUAAUGAUUUGUUCUAGUUUUGUUUUUGUAGGUGCGUGUUUCAGUGUUUGGUGCUGAGACUGAGUAUUUGUGUAACUGUUGCUAUGCGCUUUGUAUUUUGUGACAUAUUUGGGAAAUGUUUUAAUUAAUUAGUAGUAAUUGAGUGGAAGUAAUGGAGUUGCAGAGUGAGAACAGAGUUAAUGCAGUCGCACCAAUUAAAGUUAAAGAGACACUCCUAACAUUUGUAUGUUAUUUGUACUGGUACCACCAGUAUGCAGAAUUGUAAAUUGUAUCACAAGCAAAUAAGUUAGUUGAAGUACGGGUAGUUAUAUCAUUUUCUAACCCUCUUUACUCUAUAAACACACAAACUUUAAAUUUCUAAACCCUUGUGGUAGUGGUACUUCCAGCCAUUGUAUGCCAACUACUUACUACUAUUAAUACCACACUAGUACAUGAUAUAUUUUAGUUUUAAGCUACAUCUCAAUGCUUGCAUUAAUUGGGUAAUCUCCAUUGUACUAUACCAGUACUUAUAGUUAUAGUAAUAUUUCAGAUGCCUGUGGUGUAAUUUAAUAUGUUGACUUGGGUAAUAUGUAUUUAUUUAUUAUAUGCUCAAAACAAAGAUGUACAAUUACAGUGUAAUAAAAAAACAUCAAUUUUAUUUGGAUAAUACUAAUACUUGUGAAAUUUGGUAACUACCAAAGUCUACUAUACUACUAAACAUAUUCUGGUACUAAUAUAAUUGCGUAACCUAUACUGCUGCCUGGAAGGAAGGCCUUCCGAAAACCAUUUAAUGUUUUCGUAAAAUGUACAAGUUACAAGGCCAUUUAUUAGUAAAUGAGUGUUAAAUUUUUUAACUAAUCAACUGCUUAUUUAUUAUUUGCGAACUAGGAAUUAAUUUUUUUUAAAAGAAUCUUAGACUUAAAUGAAUAAUAUAAAAACGUGAUGACCCACUUUCAACUAUUAUUCCAUGCAACCUUCUGUUCUAAAAGGUUGCCCACCUCAGGUACAGCAUGCAUAAAUCCUAAUAAUUGUGUCAUUUUUAUUCUUGCAUUAAA